AUGCGCAUGUCCACUCAGUAUCUAACCAAAAACAUUCUGUACGUAUACCAUGUGUUGGGCAUACUGCCUAACAGUACUGGACGUGUGCAUGUAAGCACUGCAAGCACUUACUAAUUUACUUUGCUGAGCUUUUUGCAACAAAGCAUGUAAGUUAAAAUAAAAUAAACCUUUAAAAUUAAGGAAGUGAUAAUUAUAUUUUCAAUGAGAACCUGCAUAAAACUUAAAAAACAGGUCUAUGGAGAGAAUGAAAUGUCUUAAUAUUCCAGUACUGGAGAAUUGUACCCAGUCUUUUUAUCAUAGAGCAAGGAAAUAGAGUCUAGUGAUGAAAAGGUCCACCACUAGACCAAGAGGUUUUCGCCCUAAUAAAAUAAGUAUGAAUUUUGAAUUCAAGGAUACCCUUGAAUGCUAAAGGGUUUGUUCAUUAAAAAGUGAAAUAAAGUGAAUUUCAAUAAUGAUUUGGGGAAAUUGGAAAAGGAGAAUUUUCCAGUUCAGCUAUUUUGGCCCAGAUUUAGCAAUUCCCUUGCCGAUCACAUUGUAAAGUGCCAUGGCUGAGCACUAUGUGCGGGCUUGCUGGCUCUUGUCUCAACUCAGACCACUGAUAGUAGAAUUGUUAUAUUGUAGCAGUCUUUCAAUUUAGGAUAUUUCUGAUAGUUUAUAUGACACUUUUUUUAAAUUUAUUUUUUUACUAUUUAUCUGUAGAGAUACUGUUAGCAUGUUGUAGAUAGUACUUUUAAAUUCAGUUAUACCUUUUACCAGCUGCACGUUCAAAGUACCAGAGAACAAUAUACAAUAUUAGAGGUUACAUUUUAAGAAUGCAAUGAACCUGUUCAAAAGUCUUGAGUUAGUACCUUACCGUAUAAUUAGGGAAAGUGCUUAAUUGGAUAUAUUGUGGGACUAAUCCACUUUUCAUCAUAAUUUAUGAGUACUUUUUGAUGAUUUUAUUUAAAAUUAAUUUUAGGUAGGUGACUCAGGUUUUAACAUAUUCUGGUCUAAGCCUAGUAUUUAGUUUCACUUUUAGUUCUAGUGUUAAACGUUUCAAUAAAGUUUCUUGUUUUUGUUGAUUGAAACGACUCCCUCUUUUUCAGUAGCAUCCAUCCAAAGGUCAGUUGGAUGAUAUUUAAGAACGAGUUUCAUAUUUGCCAGGAGUUGACAUUUAUUUGUAUGUUGGAAAAUAUCUAUAUUUCACUGGUAUUUUAAAAUAAGUACAAUCAGAAAGAAGGAAAACAACAUAAAAUGUACAUUAUCAUACACAGAUAAAGAUGAAAAUAUGUGUCAUAUAUAUAAUUUAGUAUAAUGAAUAUAAUUAAAUAUCAAUUGUAAAAAAAAAAAUGCUUGAUUGAGACCAUGAUAUAAUUUGAAAUUCAAAUGAUAUACUGUCCCUGUGUACAGUUUUUGAGUGUGCUCCUUUAAAUAAUGUCUAAGUUUGUAUGUAAUGCAGGCUAUCUCAUGAACCUUUAUGCUGCAAUUGUUAUUAAAUGCAUGCAGGAGUGCAUGCAUUAAUACUAUGCACAAUAAAUGUUUAGUAGUGGUCAAUUCCUACACAGUUCACAAUUUGCCUAAUUGUACGUUUCUUGCUUAUAAGAAUCAGAGUGCAAUUUUCCAGUUUUGUUGCGCUUUUAGUGCAUUCGGAAAGUACUCAGACAUCCAUUAUGUAACAUUUUUUAUAUUGUAGCUUUAUAUAAAAAUUGUUUAAAUUAACAUUUUUUCACAUCAAUCUACACAAAAGACCCAAUUACAAUUAUUUAUAUAAUGCAAACAUAUUCCACAGAGCUGUACAAUAGGAAACAAGGCAAACAUGUAUGAUAUGUGGUAACAGUAGGUGAAGAGGGCCUUGCCCAAAUGAGCUUACCAAUAAUAAUAAAGCAAAAAACAGAUAUUUGAAAACUGAAACAUCACUUUGAUAUGCUUAUUUGCUAUGACACUUAAAAUUCAGCUCAACUGCAUCACAUUACUCUAUCGUCUUUGAGAUGAUUCUACACUUUUAUUUGAGUCCGUCUGUAGCAAAUCCAAUUGAUUGUACAUGAUUUUGAAAGCCACCUGUCUAUAAGGUCUUACAGCUAUAAAUGCAUAUCAAAGCAAAAAUUAGGAACUGCCUGCAUAGCUCAGAGACAGAAUUGUGUCAAGACACAAAUCUAGGGAAGGCCACAAAAAACAUUUUGUCUGCAUUGAAGUUGCCUCCAUAAUGUUCAAAUGGAAGAAGUUUGGAACUCUUCCUAGUAAGCCUAGGACUGAUAAUGUAAGAAAUACUAGACUAGGGUGUGGUGGUAGGGAACUCUAAUACUAAUAGAAUAAGCAGGGUAAUUUGCCUCUCUGAUUGCAUUAACCAGACAGUUUGCUGUCUCCUGGGUGCUCGGGACUGACAUGUUGCUGACGCCUGGAGAGGACCCAGCUGCCAUGAUCCAUAUAGCUACAGAACGUUAUCUCCAACCUUGGGGUUGAGCGUAAUACAGCAUUACUAGGUAUCUCAGGUGUGUCUAAGUUACCUGGGUCCAGUGUGGGUGUUACAAAGAGGAGGUCUAAUCACCAUUUUUAAAGUACCUGUAUGUUUAUAAAUGCCUAAGGUGCUGUGACUAGAAUUUACCCUUGAAAAAGGCUCUAUAGCUGAACGUCGGGUGUGUUUCUCUGUCGUCUUGUCAGGUAAUAUUGUACAGCAAUCAGAUUACUUUUGUAACUUAUAUUUUCUUGUGUAAUCAAUUAAUAAUUUUUUGUAUCAAUUUCUUUGUAUUAUGUAUAUAUGUUGAAUACUUUUUUUUUUUUAUUCUUUAUUUUUCCGUGCAUGAAAAUAACAAGCAUUUGUAAUGUGCCACAACAGCACGCAUAUUUUAUCCAUCAAGAUUUAUACCUCAAAUAAUCUGCCCAAUACAUAAGUAUUCAACAUGUACAAGCUAUAUGUUUAAAAAUGUUUAUAGCUUGUACAUGUUGAAUACUUAUGUAUUGGGCAGAUUAUUUGAGGUAUAUACCCUAUUACUAUAGGUAUACAUAUAUGAAUUGGUAUUUUAAUUUUGUAUUGAAAUAAAGUUUUACAUUUUAUUAUUAUUGAUUUUGGUUGUGCGGUAUUUCUUUAAUUGUAUGAUUUUCUACGUACCACUAGAGGGGGUGGUUAAAAUACCUUUUGCACCCUAUACUUUAAUUACAUGGUGUACAUUUAUUGGUUACCCCUACUGACUUUAUUUUUAAUGUUCCAUAUAGUUAUCAAUGACAAAUUCAGAGGAAGUGGAAGAUAAUAAAGAAUGAGGUCAGGAAAAUAGGAAAUUAACAGAGGAAAAUUACCUUACUAAUGCUUACUAAUGCAAUGAGCCUAAAUAAAUUGUGGGAAUAGCAUGCAAUAUGACAUGAUAGGCAUAACAGAAACAUGGUUGAAUGAGAAACAUAACUAUGCAGUUAACUUAAUGUCUACUCAUUAUUUUGAAAGGAUAGAAAGAAUAGGAAAGGUGGAGGGUUAUGUUUGUAUGUCAACCAUGAGUUAAAGCCAGACAUUAGUGGUAUGUGAUUAGGAAAAUGUGGAAGCUUUUUGGGAGAUAUCUGCUUGGGGCAAGAAGGAAAAAUCAGUUAUAAGCUGAAAUAUGCUUUAAACCACCUAAAAAAAACAUUUAAAAAGUCAAAUUUCAAUGAAAUAAUGCAGCUUUACAACUUAUUGACUGGCAUAAAGUCUUUAGUGAAAAAAGUGAGGAUGAAUAGAUCUUCAAAAAUAUAUUAGAAUAUAUUAUGUACACUUCUCAGUAUAUACCAUUGGGUAACAAAUAUAAAAUAAACUGAUGUGACUUAGUGGUAAGAUAAGCCAGGAAAUGUAAAAUAAGAAAAGGGCAUUAAAAUUUAGAAAAAUCUGAGGCAUCCUAUGUAUGAUAUAAGGAAACCUAUAAUGUAUGCAAAGAGUUGAUUAGAUAAGCUAAACUAGAAAAAUGAGAAUGUAUUGAGAAGAUAGCCAAAGGUUUUUAAGUGCCUACAUUCUAGAAAAAACCCAAAACAGAACAAAGAAUGAAGAUCAGGAAAAGGCAAAUAUUUUAAAUAAUUAUGUUUCUUCAGUAUAUAUUAAGUAGCAACAUAUGGCAAGAUAUAUGUUAUAUGAUCGCUGCACAAAAGUUGCAGAAUAUUGUGAUUGGAUUGCUCAAGACAAGGUGCUGAUGCAACUAAAGAAAGUUAAUCUAAAAAAAGACUGUGGAAAUAAGCGUUAUACGAAUAUAUUCGGAGCCAAUACAAAUCAUGGUUUGGAAAUCUACUCAUAAACAGGACUAUAUAUAGGACACAAGGUCACGCAUUUAGACUGGAAGUAGUAGAUUUAGUUUACAUCAAAGGAAAUGGUUCUUUACAGUAAGAACAAUAAGGAUGUGGCAUUAUCUGCCUGAAGAGGUGGUUUUACCAGAGUCUGUACAGAUAUUUAAACAGUGACUACAGAAAUACAUAAUAUUCAUGGAUAUAAUUUUUAAUAUGUGGAGUGACAACUUCUUAAUCCAAGGAGAUAUUUGACUGCCAUUCUAGGGUCCAAGAAGGAUUUUUUUUCUAGUUUGUAGCAAAAUUGGAAAGCACUUCAAACAUAGUUUUUUUUUGCCUCCUUUUGGAUCAACAGCAAAAACCGAUGUGAGAAAGGCUGAACUUGAUGGACACACAUAUCAUUUCAGCCUAUAUAACUAAAUUAAUUUACUGUGUAAUAAUACUGCAACAUGAAAAUAAAAAGCUGAAUACUUUCUGAAUGUACUGUAUAUUGAAGGGUUCUGGAAACUUUAGUGAAUACAUAACACACCACAGCAAUUUCUAUAUAUUGUAAUGGGUAUUAUUAAAUAGAUGGUUUGCUUUUUUUAUUUUAUUUACAGAGAAGCUUUCAGCAGAGUUUGUGAAGCUGUUCCAGGUACCAAAGGAGUCUUCAAAAAACGAAAGGUACAGUUUGUUGCCAUUUUGUAAUGAACGCAUUGAUCAUUCACUAUAGUGUAAAUUGUCAUGAAUUAAAUGUGAAUUUCAAGUUUUAUGUCAAAAUAGCCAUUGCUUUUGUUGUAAUAACUAACAACCUUUCCGUUUUUCUGACAUGGGCCCUGAUUUAAUAAGCUUGGCAAAUGAUUCCUUACUGUUAGGAGAACUUUCCAAAUGUUUUAUCUGCAAAGAAACAACAACAACCAAAAACAGAUUAAAGGACCACUAUGGGCACCCAGACCACUUCAGCUCAAUGAAGUAGUCUGGGUGCCAGGUCCCUCUAGUUUUAACCCUGCAGCUGAAAACCUCACUGACAGCCGCUAGAGGCCGCUUCUGCGAUUCUCACUGAAAAUCACAGUAGGAAGACGCUGACGUCCAUAGUAAAGCAUUGAGUAAAGCUUUCCUAUGGGCGGUUUGAAUGCGCGCACGGCUCAUGUCGCGAAUGCGCAUUCGGCGCGGACGUCGGCACGAGGAGGAGAGUUACCCAGCGCCGAGGGAGCCUGGGUUUGGAGAAAGGUAAGUGGCUGAAGGGGUUUUAAUACCUUCAGCCUAGUGGGAGGGGGGCGAUUAGGGCGGGGGGGGGGGGAACUAAGUACUACAUAGUGCCAGGAAAAUUAGUUUGUUUUCCUGGCACUAUAGUGGUCCUUUAAGUAAUUGGCUUAUAACUAUUAAGUAAUUGGCUUAUACUAUUAGUAACACCUCAACAUAAAAAUAAUUCCCAUGCAAAGAUGUACUGGAAUAGGGUUGUAAAGCCUUGUCCAAUACAGAAAAAGAGGACAACACUAUAAUAAAUAGAAGCAGUCUUAAAUAGAGAAUGAAAUAAAAAGGAAGUACCUGACCAAAAUCUGGAAAAGAAAAUCCAGGAAAGGUAGGCACAUAGAAGGCUUAAAAUACAAAUCUUUAUUCCACAGAUGAGCAAAGAAAGCCUUACCUCAUUAUAAAGGACCUGCUGAAGCAUAUCAAAUCAGGGGUAAUCAGCUAAUGAGAAAAUAAAAAACAGACAAAAAAAAACCCCAAAACAUAGACUUUAAUGGUGAGUUUGGUGGAUAAAUCAUUUGGAUAGUUUUUUUUUUAACAGUAUUGAAUUAUUUGGAAAGCAGUUGAUAGAGAAUGAGAUAUGACAUUGUUCAUUAAACUGUGCAAUAGAGGAAACGUUUAAAAAAAAAUCUCUCUUUACAGGAAGUAUGUAAGGAGGCUGUGUAAGUCACAGACAGGAUGUGUGUGGCUAGUUCUGCAUAAACAAAGCUUCUGGAUCGACUACCCUUUACUUGUCUGACAUGUUUUCUCAACUCUAACUCUCUCCUUGGCCCUCUGCAAUCUAGCUUCCGCCCCCUCCAUUCUACUGAGCCUGAACUGACUAAAAUAACUAAUGAGCUAAUCAUGGCUAAAUCCAAAGGCCACUACUCCAUGCUAAUUUUUCUAGACCUCUACUUCCUUUAACAUGGUUGAUCAUGCUCUCCUUGUUCAAACUCUUCACAACAUCAAUGUCCAUAACACUGUCCUUGUCCUAUCUCUCCCAAUGUUCAUUAAGUAUUUCCUUUUUUUAAUAACACCUCCUCUCCUCAUCCUGACUGAGAUGGAGUACCCCAAGGAUCUGUCAUCGAUCCCUUCAUUAAGCUUUUUACUGCCUCACUUGGCAAUCAUAUUAAUUCCCUUGGAUUCUGCUAACAUCUGUAUGCCGAUGACACCCAGAUAUAUCUUUCCUCCCCUGAUAUCUUGCUUGCUUUUCUAGAAUGACUCACCAGUUGCCUCUCUUGCAUCUCUUGCUGGAUGUCCUCCCUGUCCUAUCACUAACUUGCAGGAAGAUUAGUUUUACGAGUAGGGAAGAUAAGAAGCUUAGCUUUAGAAAGGCUGAGCUUUCUAAAACUCAGUCUUUCUAAAACUAAGCUUCAUAUCUUCCCUACUCAAAAUACUAAUCCUCCUCUCUCACUCUCCCUGAAAGUUGAUUGUACACAAAUUAAUCCAUCCUUGCAAACUUGGCGCCUUAGUGUUAUUUUUGAUUCGGACCUCACCUCCAGUCUGUUAUCAAAUCCUGCCAAUUCCACCUUAAAUACAUUGCCCUCAUCUGCCCCUUUCUUACACAAGAUCCCAAGAUCCUAAUAAGGAGCUUGUUAAUGACCUGGUAAUUUCUCGCAUUGAUCACUGUAAUUCUUUCCUAAUUGGUCUCCCCAGAAACCACACUGUCCAUAAUGAAUGCUGCUUCCAGGCUGAUUUAUAUCUCCAGCUUCCUGUAUUCUAUAGGAUUCAAUACAAGAUAUUAAUUAUUGGCUAUAAAACUAUAAACAACAAUACCUGCUACUAUAUUUAUCCACUAAUUUAUAUGUAUGCCCCUUCUCGGUCACUCUGCUCUACAUUUUCCUCUCCGCUGCUCAUGUCCAUAUUGCUAACUCAAGCUUGGGGGCACCUCCACUCCAUUGGAAUCAUCUCCCAUCAGACUCUCCCCUAGUCUUCAAUCCUUUAAGAAUCCCCUCAAAACCCAUCUCUUCAGAAUGCCUAUUGCCACUUCUAUUUUUACCAACCUGUCUCACUCUUCUAACAAGGUGCACAUUUCACUCAUUUUCCAAUUUGACUACUUUGCCACUAUGUUGCUUGUUUGCUUUCCCCCAUGCUGCCCUUCCUAUUGUGUUUUUAUACCCUGCGUCCUCUAGAUUGAAAGCUCAUUUGAGCAGGGUCCUCAAUAAUUUAUUGUUCCUGUAACAAUUUAUAAUUGUCUCAUUUAUAAUAUUGUAAAGCACUGCAGAGUAAGUUGGCACUAUAUAAAUGCCAUUAAUAAUAUGUUAACUCCUAAAUUGAGCAGCUAAAUGACAGGAGCAUCAUCUAUACAUCAAAACCACUUAAGUAUGCUAAAGUUGAUUUGGUGCUCAAAGUGUCCCUUUAACUAGAUUGUUGCUUAAGGCUUGAAUCUCCUUUGGUCCCUACAAACUGAGAUUUAAUUAGUUUACAAUAAUGCAAAAUAGUUACCAUACUAGCCCUCUACCUUUGUAAGAUGCCCUUCACUUUCAUGCCAAAUCAGAAUAACUAUUUUCUGCGUUAAAUCUCCAUAAUUUGGUCAAAAGGCCUAGUACAUGAUCAAAAUGCUGCUAAAAUAUCUGUUUCUGGUGACCUCAAAAUACUUAUUAAAAAGGAGAUAUUAAUUGUAGUCACAAGAUGGCAGUAUUAGACUGCAUUAUAAAAGACUAUAGACCAAAAAUAUAUAAAACAGUUCAUCCAAAUACAUAAUGAAAUACCAGUAAGAAUUUGGAGUAUAUAGUAGUGGAUAACUCUUGCAUAAUAUCCAUGGACAGCGACUGGCAUUUGAGCUUCCACAAAGAAACACACAAAGCUGGAGUGAAGGGAAAUCAACAAUUAUUUUCUCUGCUACAAGCUUUACCUUCUGCUGGGUAGUCAUAACAAUUGUUUCCAGGAUUGCAGAGACUUUUUCCUAAAGGAUCCAAUUUACCAACUAUGCUUGCAUUGUUAUUCCCCAUGUGAUUAUACUGUAUGUCACAAUGCAGCUCUGAUGCUUUACACCAAUGGUGCCCACAAGGUAGAUCCCAAGAUGAUAUAGAACUUUAACUCCCAUGAUUCUUUGCAUGCCUUUAGAAUGCUUUCGACUGCACACUUAUUUUCCUUCCAGCAUCUUCCAUGUUUCUUACCAUCUUUCACUGCCAUUGGUUUAGCUCAGCUGUAGGCAACGUUUGGCAGUCUACAUGUUAUGGCUGUAAGAGCAUUAUUAUUUAAGAUAUAAGGAAGCCAAUAACGCUUGCAAAAAGGCAAUUAAAGUGGCUAAACUAGAAAAUGAGAAAUUGAUAGCUAAAGAAUGCAAAACCAACCCCCAAAACGUUUUCAAGUACAUCAAUUCUAAAAAAACAAAAAAUGAAAGUAUAGAUACACUGGAAACAAAGUUGGGUUAUUGGCUAAUGAAGACCAGGAAAAAGCAGAAAUUUUAAAUAACUAUUUAUCUUCAGUAUAUAUUAAUGAGGAUCCUAUGGCAAGAGAUAUGCAAAUGAUUGCUGCAAAAAACUUGCAAAUAACUUGUGAUUGGAUAACUUGAGACAAGGUGCUACAGCUAUUAAAGAAAAUUAAUGUAACUAAAGCUCCGGAGCCUGACGGUAUUCACCCACGAGUACUUAAGGAGCUAAGUGGGGAAAUAAGUGAACCUCUGUAUUAAAUUUUUCAAGAUUCGUUUCAGUUGUUGUACCGGAGGAUUGGAGGAAGACAGAUGUUGUUCAAAUAUUUAAAAAGGGUUCAAAAUCCUUUCCUGGAAAUUAUAGACCUGUGAGCUUAACUUCUGUAAUUGGGAAAAUAUUUGAAGGGCUAUUAAGGGAUAAUAUUCAGGAAUUCAUUGGGAAGAACUUUAUUAUUAGCAAUAAUCAGCAUGGUUUUAUGAAACAUAGGUCAUGUCAAACUAAUCUAAUUGCAUUCUACGAAGAAGUAAGUAGAAGUAUAGAUCAGGGUGUUGCAGUGGAUGUGUUCUACUUGGAUUUUGCCAAGGCAUUUGAUACGGUUCCUCACAAUAGGUUAGUCUUCAAACUAAAAGAAAUUGGUCUAGAUGAAUAUUCUUGUUCUUGGGUAGAACAUUGGCUUAAGGAUAGAGUGCAACGAGUUGUCAUUAAUGGUAAAUUUUCAGGCUGGACUAAAGUGGUAAGUGGUUUCCCUCAUGGUUCUGUUUUGGGACCACUUCUAUUUAUUAUAUUUAUAAAGGAUCUUGAAAUAGGCAUUGAAAACCAUGUAUCAGUGUUUGCAGAUGACAAAAAACUUUUUAAAGUAGGAAAAUGUGAGCAAGAUAUUGCUUUGCUUUAGAGGGAUUUGGAUAGAUUGGGGGACUGGGCACUAAAAUGGCAGAUGAAAUUUAACGUAGAGAAAUGCAAAGUUAUGCACAAGCAACUUACACACUAAAUGGUAGUGAAUUAGGGAUAACCACACACGAGAAGGAUUUGGGAAUUGUUAUAGACAACAAAUUAGGCAGCAAUAUGAAAUGUCAAUCUGCAGUUGCUAAGGCCAGUAAGGUUUUGUCAUGUAUAAAUAGGGGCAUAAAUUCUCAGGAUGAAAAUAUAAUUUUGCCUUUUUAUAAAUCGCUGGUAAGACCACACCUUGAAUAUGCUGUGCAAUUUUGGGCACCUGUUCUAAAGAAAGAUAUCAUGGCACUAGAAAAAGUCCAGAGACGAGCAACAAAAUUGAUAAACGGAAUGGAGCAUUUUAGUUAUGAAGAAAGGUUAAAAAAAUUAAAUCUGUUUGGUUUGGAAUAAACAGCGCCUGAGAGGGGAUAUGAUAACGUUAUACAAAUAUAUUCGGGGCCAGUAUAAACCUUUAUCUGGAAAUCUAUUCAUAAACAGGGCUAUACAUAGGACACGAGGUCACACAUUUAGGCUGGAAGAAAGGAGAUUUCAUCUAGGGCAAAGAAAAUGUUUUUUACAGUAAGACCAAGAAGGAUAUGGAAUUCUCUGCCUGAAGAGGUGGAUUGUUCGGAAUCACUACAGAUGUUUAAACUGCAAUUUGAUAAAUAUUUACAAAAACAUAACAUACAGGGAUAUAAUUUCUAAUUAGUGGGGUUAUAGCUGCUUUAUCCAAGGAGACAUCUGACUGCUAUUUUGGGGUCAAGAAGGAAUUUUUUUCUAGUUUGUGGAAAAAUUGGAAGUGCUUCAGACUAGGUUUUUUGCCUUCUUUUGGAUCAACAGCAACAACAUAUGUGAGGAAGGCUGAACUUGAUGGACGCAAGUCUCUUUUCAGCUAUGUAACUAUAAUUAUGAAAGAUGUAGCCCACAACAUCUGUAAUCCAUAAUCCUUAUCUUAUCUUUCUCCAACACCAUGCUCUUACAUUACCUCACCAUAAUAUAGUUGCAUGCAAACAUUUGGGCGCUUCUAACUAAAGGAUGUGUUUUGUAGAUUAUUACUUUUCCUUUCCUUUUUUUUUUUUAAAAAAAAAAAGGUUACUCCAACCAAAAACCAAUGUUUUCACUUUUGGUCAAACAGUGUUUGUCACUGUGGUUUUCCCCAUUUCACUUCCUGCGCAGAAGUAGGGAAGCCUAUAGACACUGCCAGUUUUCAAACACUGUCCAACCAAUGGUGCCUGUGUAUGACUGAAGGAUCCUAUAGUAAAAGUAGGGAUGAGUUUUUCAUAUACUUCAUUAUUAAGAAAUCCAUUUACGCUAUUUCCUUUCAAAGCUCGAUAGAAGGAUUAUUGUAAUAAAAAUAGUUUUGGGGUGGCAGUUGCCCUUUAAAAACUAACUGUAUAUUUCAUGUAUUCCCACAAUCUAUCCUGUCCACACUAUGUUGCCCUUUAAGCAGGAACAAAACCUCUGGAUAGAAGUUUAAUAAUAAAAAGCGGCAGCGAUCCAAAAAAUUGAGCCAUAUCUGAAGGGGGCAGAACACAGAACUAGGAUGUCCUGUGGGAGGAACUUGGAGGUGGAGGUGCCUCUAAGAAUUCUGUGUUCUACCACUACAGUUGGUGGAUACUUAUCUCAGCAGUACCUGUUUCCUCAUGGACUGCACACACAUUAAGUUGAAAGGGGGGCUUUUAGGAAUUUGCAAAAAAAGUCUUAUAAAAAGUGACCAAAUGGAUGUAACAGGAAAGCAUUCCAUUUUUAGGGGGCUAACCAUGAGAAUAAAUGUCACAUCAGAAAGAAGCAAAGCAAAAUCGAGUGGGUAUGGAGGUAAUGGAUGGUGGAGGAUAUUUAAGGAUGUGGUGGGAGAUUUAGCAAGAAUAGCAUGGAGUUGCAAGGUUGUGUAUGUUUUUUAGGGGUAAGUAGAAGUUCUUGAGAUGUCUGCUCCUACUAAGAUUCAAUUCUGGCACUGCACUGUGGAUGCUUAUUGUUAAGGUUAAAAGUGGAAAGAUUGCUCCAGACGUUAAUCUGUUGGUGGAGGUACUUAAUGUCCAUGCCAGUAUCACACUGCAGUCUUUGUUAAAAUUAACAAUAUUCCCCAGUGCCUUAAUUUUUUCCAAUUGCUGCAAACACACUAGGGACAGAUGGCUUAAUACACAUCCACAAUAAAAGCAUGUCAUUUUCCGAUUUCAGAAGAUUUAAGUAGAUGCAUGUAAGGCACCUAUGUCACCAUCAUCUGUCAAAUUAUCCUCAAACUUCAUCAAGUUUGGCACCAUCUGAAGUGAGAUCCAUGAGUCAUACUACUCACAUGCCAUAAGAUGAGAAAAUGUGCUGCAAUGAGAUAAUAUCACUUUCUUAUACUUGUGUGAAGAUGCAUAUAAAAAUAGCAGAUUACAGCAUUAUUUUUGUCAUUUUAACCUUCAUUUUUAGCAUGUUUCUUUCUAAUGUCUUUGUAACUGUGUGUGUUUACAUAUAUAUGUGAUAUAGGGAUAUGCGUAUUUAACCAUUUCACCUUUUAAAGCUUAACAUUAUUUUUAUGUAACUAGUUGUGUCAUAUCCCUAAAUCAUUUCUCACAUGCCUUGUGCUGGAAAGAGGUAAGUUUUACCCCCUUUCCCCUUUCCAGAGCCGGGCGGGAGGGGGACCCUGAGGGUGGGGGCACCCUCAGGGCACUAUAGUGCCAGGAAAACGAGUAUGUUUUCCUGGCACUAUAGUAGUCCUUUAAACAGACUUUAGGCAAAAUGCCACAGAACAGGUUAUUUGCAAAUAAUAAAGAAUGUAAUUUGCAGGGAGGGUUGUAACAAAGGCAGGUUGGUUACAGAGGAAGGCUGGUUUGAAGUAUAGGUAAGGAUGAAGCAGGUUAUUGUUAGGAACAGGUUCACAGGAGACAGGAUAUGAAGUGAUUCAGGUAAUUCACCAACUUCAAUGUAAAGGCCACUGGUAUUCUCGGGUGUGGCCUUUUGUAGGAUCUUUAAUUAGUCCUAUGCAGGUAAGGACUGAGGUGACUAGUGGCUAGGGAGGCCACUAGUGGUGGAGAGCUGUAACUUCUUUUAAAGGAACAUAAAUAAAUGAAUAUAAAACAUAGUUGUCAGGAUACGAUCCUGACACGGUCUUUCUAGUUGGCCUCCCACACCAGAAUAAAGCAGGCAUAUGUUUGCUUGGGAUCCGAGCUCUGACUUGAUGAAGCAAGUUUAAGCUGACAUAGCAAGAGGUUAAACUUUGGCUUAAAACCGGUUGUUCUCUGUGCUUAAACCCAACAGGAGCUUAGAAAACAAACAUUACACACUAUAGUGUUAGGAAUAAGAAUAUAUUCUUAACACUUUAUGCUAGAGUUGCAGUUUAAGUCCAUGGCCACCUCAGAGUGGAGUUAAAAGGUUUUAAGCGUACCUUUUAUCCUUGCUGCUGCUGUCUCUCUAACACUGUGACAUGUCUCUUUCUUUCUUCUACACUCACAACAUUUUCUCUGUCCCAGACUGUAUAACAGGAGUUUCUGUCUGCUAGUAAGAACGGAAGGAGAUGAGUGAACAAAUGAGGCCAGGGGGACAGUCUUCAGAAAACAUAGAGUGAGAGCAUCAUUAGAAGCAUUUUCGCCAAAGCUCAGGGAACAGCACGUUUUGCAUAGUACGUCCUUAGUUGACCAGCCUGCAUGAUUACCAGGCCGCUUGACAUGCAUUCAUGCCAGGCUAGCCUUCCAAUUCUUCAGGCCCGGCCCUUUGGGUGGUGCUAGUUACAUGAUUUGUGUCAGUAACCCACCAUUUAACCCGACCACCGCACGUGCUGCUUCACAGGAUGCUGCUGUAUGGAUUUGCUUGAAAAAUGAAAGUACCAGUACCACUUCCACCAAAUACAUAACACUUAGGAGCUAGUGUUUUCUGUUGAUAAGAUUUUGUAAUUAGGCCCAUCGUAAUUGUCAGCACCAGGCCCAGUGGGCUCUAAAUCCAGCCCUAGUGACACACCACUACUUACCUUGUCAGAGCCUGCCAGUCGGGUUUAUAAUUAAAUAUAUAUAUAUAAAAAUGUUAUUAAUAUAGACAUUUUUAAAUCUUUUUACUUUUUGUAAGCUAAGUAGGUAUGGUUCAAUGUAAUACUAUUGUGGGAGACCAGCACAGAAUCUUAGUUGCAAAAGGUUCAAUGUUUUGAAACAAAAUGUGGCUUUAACACUUUCCUAAUCUGUCACUAGGUUUAAAGCAGCUCUCACACCUCCCCCACACACACGAAAUACUUACUUUGACUGAAAUUCCAACAUAGUCAAAAAAUAUCAUAGGACAAAGUGGGGACUACUUUGUCUUAUGUAUUUUUCCUAAGUAUGACAAAAUUUGAUAAAAGGUGGAGCUACUGCCGUCGAGUUUUGUCAUCCUCACCAACCAUCAGUGGGGACUGUGGGGGAAAUCGCAUUGGCUAUAGAGGCUCUAGGGUUCUCGGGAGCACCAGAAGAUGAAGAGGACUUACCGGAUGAAGAUGGUGGAAGCCACGAGGGACAGCUUCAGGUAUGUAAACCUCAUCUUCCCCUGCAUAUACAGGCCAGCGCACUGCAAGCGGAAUAGUCACCAUUAGGUUCUAUGCAAAAUAUGCAAAUAGCCCAAAUAGUGACUGACCCAAUUUAAUUAUAGAAGAUAUACUUUAAACCUGCAGCUGACAUUGUUCUAGCCUUAACACUCUAAACCCAAAUGCCUUUAGAGCUAACCGUGUCUUCUCUUCUUUCUUACUUUACAAAACUGAUGAUUUAAAGAGAAAUCUGCAGUUUAUAAAGCUCCUAGGUAGCAGUCUGCCACCUGACAGCCAGGAAGGUACUCUUCCUCACACGGUUUGAGCACUUGCUCAAAGCAUAAAACAGUCUUAUUAUAGAGAAGCAAUGGAUUCAAUGCUUGUCCAUGAGAAACAUUGCUGGUGCAGGUCAAGAUUUCCACACAUGUGCUCUGCAUCACAAUAGCGAGGAGACCAUCAUGUUAUUGGAUUAGAGGCAAAUAAUCUCUUUAUUUUGAAGGAAAGGAGGAGGUCUAUUUAGUAAACAACUUAUGUUUGGUUGCCACAAUUCGGGGUUUUAACCCGUAUGACUAUUCACAAAAAGCUAAUUUGGUCAUUUAAAAUUAAUUUGCCCUUCUGAGUGACUGCAAAUUGGUUGCAUUUUAAAAUUUGUCUUUUCUCAAAAAUCAACUUGCAGUCGAUUGGCUUUGUUUGGCUCUUGUAAUUACUCUGAUAUGGGCAAGGGAAAUUGCACAUUUGCACAUUUUUGAAAUUCUCUAAUCAAAAAUCACCCUAAUUAUACCCCAAACCCAUUAAACACUCAAAGGAUGCCCGACCUUAAAUCCUCCCAACAAAUUUGAGACUAAUGUUAGUGGCAUCUUUUUUUCUUCUUGUUGCAGGGAAAUUCAAUUACAAUUUGUCUGAAAUUCGAUUGCAAAUAGGUUAAGCUAUUUUCAAAUAAAUCUCACUGCAGCAUAGAGAUCCAAUUGAUAAUACCAGGGAUCCAUUCAGCUCGAUUCUGAUAUCAAUCAUUUCUUGCAUUAACAACAAAUUGAGCCAAAUACAAACAGCUGAUUUGUUGUUUAUGUAUGAAAUAGUGCACGGUAUGGAAUGCCUUGUAAUCUCUAAUAGGCCUUAAACCCCAAUAUUUAUAAACAAAUUAAUAACUUAGUAUGAUUCUGAAUGGGCCUUGUUUCCAGCAAAUUGUUAUAGAGAUCGGUGUUGGGAAGCCCAGCACCUGUUCAUAUUGCCUGGGGAUAGGCAGAGAGACCUUGCCAAGGGUUUCUACAAAGUUGCCUGCACUCCACAAAAAAACAAUGGCUGAGCAAUCUAAAUGGAGAAAAGGGCUCUGUGCAUUGCUGACUUCUAGCAGAGCAAAGCACUCAUCUUUCAGCAUGGGGCCACUAAAAAUGGCCACAGCUGACUUACAGGAGCCCCAGGUAUCAAUUGAAAUUUGCCAAUGCCUAUUUUAAGAGCUGUUUGCAGCACUGGUUUCCUGAGCUGCAAACAUGUCAUCUAAAAGUCUGGUGACACUAAAAAUGACCUCAGCAAACAGGGGAGCCCCAGGUAUCCAUUGACACAUUGUGAUACAUGGCGGUCUAUGCCACCCAAUAGGCUUUAAAGCCCACUUGAUGUAGGAUGGCGUAGAAUGCCAUAACAUCAUUAAGAGGUUAAAGACAGAGACAAUAUUUCUGAACCAAAACAAAAUCUAGAAUUUGCACUUAUUGUUCCACCAUAAUUUAAAUGUUUCUCUUUAAGUGCCCCUGUACAUAUAACAUAUUGCUUUUUUAAAGGACAGAAAGGGAUUCUUUUAAUAUCCUAUGUAUACUAUAUUAACACAACAUUAAAGUGUUUCUAUAACCCUUUUGAGAGUGGGGUAAUAUACCCCACUGGCACUAUAGGGAAGGUCUCCCUCUCAAUUUUCAGUAAAAUCUGAAAUGAAAAGGUUUUACUUACCUGGAAUCCCAUGCACGGUGAAGUUGCCGGCACUGCCCUUCCACCACCCCUCCCCCCCCCUGCAAAGUGACAGGAGACUUGUGAGGUCCAAUCUGGGCCAGUGAGGGGAGGGAGGUUUUUUUUUAUUUUUUAAAUAAAUAAAAGUCAAUGAGCACAGAGGGAGGUAGAAGGGUGAAAGAAGAUAGGAGGGGAGAGCUAACUUUCCGUUGCAGGUGUUUUGCCUUCAAGGGUAAGAUUUUCAUGUCUGUUGUCAGCAUGUAGUGCGAGCUAACCACAGACGUAAUUUAUGCACAGCAUUCAAAAGGGCAAGUCAUGUUUGCUGAGCGUGCAACUUGCCCUUGGCACAUAGUUGUCAAUAUCUCUGAAUGUGUAAUGUUUCAAGAUGAAACACUGCACAUCCAGGCUCCUACCACCAUGAUCACGCCAAAUCACUGAAGUGCUCAUGGUGUUUGGAGUAACUCUUUAAGUGUGAAUAAAAUGGUAAUAAAAAAAAUAAAAUUAAAGCGGCACUGUCAUGCCGAAUCCUGUUUUUUUUUUUUUAACCCCCCUCCGGCCUCCACUAUCUCUAACUGACACCCUAGUCACCCCCAAAUGCCCCUAAGCCUUGAAAUCCAUCCAAUCACAGUGCUCUGUGUCAUUUUACACAGCGUGGGAAAAUUCAAAAGAACACAAACACAUAACGUAAUCCUAACACUAAGGAAACGCUCUUUGAUAUCAGUACUGAAAUCAGCAGAUGGGUUUCCUAAUUAAAACGGUAGCGAGUGGUAUGUUGCAGCCAUCUGCUGGCUGUUUUUAGCAUUACAGGCAUAUCUCUAUAAUGCUGAUAAUGCUAAUAAUGCUAAUGCCGUAUAGAUUUACCAUUUCCAAUCUGCUCAGCCGUGGUGUUCUCAAUAGAUUUAAAGGGUUGUGAACAGUGCUCACAUUGAGUGCUGCAUACAGAGCAUCUGACAUUCUGGGGCCACUAAAAAUGGCAUGGAUUGAUAUCUGGGACUCCCUGCUCACACCAAAAUGUUAGGAUGUAUCAAUUCUUCCUAAUGGCAUUAAAGCCCAUUAUAGUUAGAACAUAAUACCUCAUCCUAAUGCUGUUAAAUGGUCAAUACAUAAAAUAUAUAUACAUGAAAUUGCUGUAAUGUGCUACAUUUGAUGUAUUAGCUGCUUAUUCCAAAUUUUAAGUACAUUUUACAAUAAUUUUCUUAUACAAAUAGAACUUGGGUCAGUGCCUUAAACUAAUCUUUUUUUUUUUUUUUUUUCUGAAUCAGCCAGCAAGUAAACUUUUAUCCAGCAUUCUUGGAAAGAGCAACCUACAGUUUGCUGGAAUGAGUAUAACACUGAAUAUAUCUACUACUAGCCUCAACAUGAUGACUCCAGAUUCAAAACAGGUACUUUGUGGAUGUAUUCUCUUCUGUUAAAUUCAUGUGAAGCCAAAAUAUAAGCUGAUUUUUUUAUAUGACAAUGGAGCAAUUUUUAUCAAUAAGAUAGGACAAGAAAGGAAACAAAAUCUAACAAUCAAGGUAUGUAGAGUGCCUUGCCUAAAGGAACACUCCAAACACUAUAACCACUAGAGUGCACUUUUGCACAGCCCAUGCACCAUAAACAUUAGAGCCCUUUUGCUAACGGUUUGGCUUCUUACCUGGGAUCUGCUGGGCAAUGGUGACUUCUUCCCGUGAGAGGUGGAAGCUCCUGUUGGGAGCUUUUGUAAGUUCUCCUGAGCUAAGUAGUGCCGAUGCCACUCAAGUGUACUGCUAUGGUGCUCAGUUUCUUUAAGUUUUAAUCCUUCUUCCCCUUGGAUACAUCACCCGUUGUGUGUGUCACAAUUAAAAUUUAAAUACAUACAAUGUAGAGGAUUGGUCACACUUUGAAAUACGUCUGAAAGAAACACAAAUAAAACACACAAUAGUGUAAUAUUGUCUAAGAUAUAAAAUAUUAAGGAAUUGGAGUCUGGUACUCACAAGCCCAGAGCCAAAUCUCAUAUGGCUCUCAUGGAUAUUGCUUUGGGACUAUUUCAGAGGAUGUCCCCUUCCUACUUCCAUAUGGACUGACAGCUGUUCCAGUAGAAAUAUGAAUGAGCUCUAGGAUCAAAUAUGAAUCUUUGUUAAAAAAUACUUUUAUUAUUCCGCACAAUAUAUGUGUAAAAAUUAAUAAAAAACAAUGAAUACAAAUUCCAUAUAGAUAAUAAAAGAGAAUCUCUAGCUAUAAUGCUAUAGAGGUAAGUCCUGCCUAUUGGCUUUGAUAGUCCAAGAAUAACCGAAUAUUGGAUCCUGGAGUUCAUUCAUAUUUCAACUGGAACAGCUACUUCAGACAUCCUCUGAAAUAGUCCCAAAGCGAUAUCCAUGAGAGCCAUAUGAGAUUUGGCUCUGGGCUUGUGAGUACCAGACUCCAAUUCCUUAAUAUUUUAUAUCUUAGACAAUAUUACACUAUUGUGUGUUUUAUUUGUGUUUCUUUCAGACGUAUUUCAAAGUGUGACCAAUCCUCUACAUUGUAUGUAUUUGCCUUUAUUUUGUUGAGUGGUGUAAGGGGUUUCCACUCAGGGGGUUUGUGGCAUUACUGCUACCACACUUAGUCCCACUGCUUUUCUGUAUAUAUUUGUGUUUUACAAUUAAAAUUUAGAUUGAUAUUGUUUGGCUUACACAACACUUUAAAGGGACACUAUAGUCACCAAAACAAGUUUAGCGUAAUAAAGCAGUUUUGUGCAUAGAUCGUGCCUCCAAAGUUUCACUGCUCAAUUCACUGCCAUUUAGGAGUUAAAUCAAUUUUGUUUCUGUUUAUGCAGCCCUAGCAACAUCUCCCCUGCUUGUAAUUCAGCCUGCAUGAAAACAAAAUGGUUUAACUUUCAAUCAGAUGUAACUUACUUUAAAAGUUUGUAUCUCCUGCUCUGUAAAUUAAACUUUAAUUACACACAGGAUGCUCAUGUAGAGUCUAGCAAGCUAUUAAUAGCUGAAGUUGUUUUGGUGACUAUUGUGUCCCUUUAAACAUGCUAAAUAUUUUUGUUGUGACAGUAAAGGUAAAUAAACCAUAAUUGCAGACAACUGAUUGUAUAAUUGACCUCCUAAGUAAAUACUGAUAGAACUACAUUAGGCUGCAAUGAAAGAUAUAAUAUCUUGUCAUAAUUCUCUACCAAAUUUGCAGGCCUUUAUUCCACAAACUUUGUAGACAGACCCUAAAAAUAUCAGUGCUAGAAGAGAGGGUGAUAAUUCUGAAGAGUAGUCACCAUGGAAACCAGUCAAAUGUUUUGUUGUUUUAGAUGUUUUUCCCUUUUUUGCACCACAUUCAGAAAUUUGCCAACUUUUCUCCUAGGAAUACUUUUAUAAUCUCCCUAUCUAUAGAUAAAGAUUUUCACCAAAGAUUUUUACAUUUGUAUUUGGAGCAACAACAAUCAGAUAAAUAAAAUCCUUAUAUUUUGUGCACAAUGUAUUUUUUUCAAUUUUUUUUGUUACUGCAUCAAUGGAAAAACUAAAUAUUUUACAUCUACAUAAAAUUAAUUUUGGCUUUAGUAUGUGCACAAUGCUUUUCAUUUAGUUAUGUAAACAUAGCUUGUUCACCACCUCUCUGAUCACAACCUCUUAUCAUUUGUUCUUGAAAUCCCCCUCACCCAACAGCCUAACCCCCCUCAGCUCAGAAGGGACCUGAAUUCUCUUGACCUCCAGCUAUCCAGCUAAUGUCUCGUGAGAUCUGAUCAAUCAGAGCGUUGCCGCAGGUUACCACGGCAACGCUCUGACUGGGUCUCGCGAGAUUCAUGGUCUGCAGGUCUGCAGAGCUGCAGACCGGAUAUUAUGGCCACUGGGCCACCUUGGAAUUAAGGUAUUUAGUCCGUUCCCCCUCUCCCCAUCAUCCCCCCUCACACAUCAACACCCUCCCUCUCGUCAUCACCCCUCCUCACACAUCACCCCCCUCCCUCUCAUCAUCACCCUCCUCCCUCACACAAUCACCCCCUCCCUCUCAUCAUCACCCCCUCCCUCACACUCCCCUCCCUCACACUAUCACCCCCCUCCCUCUCAUCAUCACCUCCCUCCCUCUCAUCAUCACCCCCCUCCCUCUCACCUUCACUCCCCUCCCUCUCACCAUUAUCCACUAUACAAGCACACACACUGCAUUCACUAUACAAACACACUACAUACACUAUACAAACACACACAGACAUGUGUGUCUGUGUAUCUGUAUGUCUGUGUAUUUGUAUGUGUAUUGGUAUAUGUGUAUUUGUAUAUGUCAUUGUGUGUAUGUGUACCUGUUUGUGUGUCUGUGUAUCUGUUUGUGUGACUGUGUUUGUAUCAGUGUGUCUGUAUGUGUGUGUCUCUAUCUGUAUGUGUGUCUGUGCCUGUGUGUCUCUCUCUAUGUGUCUGUAUGUGUGUUUCAGUGUUUGUCUGUAUAUGUGUAUGACUGUGUUUCCAUGUAACUGCAUGUGUGUGCCUAUGUGUCUGUGUAUGUGUGCCAGUGUGUGUAUAUGUGAGUAUAUGUGCAUACAUCUAACACUAAGUCGACACGCUACCUGCAGAUAUGCUUCCGUCAGCUGAACGCUGCUGGAGGAAGUCGACCACCUUGUCAGACUUCCUCCAUUAUAAAUUCCUUUUGUGUUCAUAUAGCACAGCAUUCACACUUGCUAAAUAAUUAAUAGUUCAUGCAAUCCCAGACAUCUCUUUAAUACCUUCAACUCUCUCCUUUGUCCACCUCAAGUCACCCCUCAGACUGACCUUUCAGCAGAUAGCCAUGCAAGCUACUUUACCGACAAGAUUGAACAGCUAAGGAAAUAAUUCUCCCCCCUUUGCUCCUCCCACUCGCAACCACACAUGGACCGUACCUUUCCUACCCUACAGGCAUUCUCCCCAGCUACAGAACAGGAGGUGGCUUCGCUUUGCUUCUCCUCUCCUCUCAUCCCACCACCUGACCUUCCCACCUUAUCUGGUCUCUCUCCCUUGUCUUGUACAAUCCUUAACACACAUCCUAAACUACUCUCUUUCUUCUGGUGUUGUCCCUGCUCCCCUUAAGCAUGCUGCUGUCGUAUCCAUCCUAAAAAAGCCAUCCCUAGUCCCGUCUUCCCCUUCCAACUAUCGUCCCAUAUCCCUGCUUCCUUUUUCCUCAAAGCUUCUAGAAAGACUUGUCUUUACUCGUAUGACUCACUUCCUAAAGUCCAACUCCCUCCUUCAAUUUGGCUUUCGCCCCCUCCGCUCUACUGAGACUGCUCUUAUUAAAGUUACAAAUGACCUAAUCACAGCUAAAUCCAAAGGCCACUACUCCACACUAAUUCUUCUUGACCUCUUUGCUGCCUUUGACACUGUUGAUCAUGUCCUCCUUCUCCAAACUCUUCAAUCCCUUGGUCUCUGUGACACUAUCCUCUCCUGGUUGUCCUCCUAUCGCUCCCAACGUUUGUUCAGGGUCUCCUUUUGCAAUAACACCUCCUCCUCUUGCCCUGUCUCGGUUGGAGUCAACCAAGGAUCUGUUCUUGGUUCCCUUCUAUUCUCUCUUUAUACGGCUUCUCUUGGUAAACUCAUUAACUCCUUUGGAUUCCGCUACCAUCUGUAUGCCGACGACAACCAGAUAUAUCUCUCCUCCCUUGAUCUCUCCCCCGUGGUCCUACAAUCUGUCACUGUUUGUUUUUCUUCAAUCCCUGAUUGGAUGUCCUCCCGCUUUCUGAAACUCAAUCUCUCUAAAAUUGAGCUUCUUAUUUCCCCCCUUCAUAAUGAUCAUCCUCCUUCGCUUUCCCUGCAAGUUGAUGGUACUUGCAAGUUCGUUAUCUUUGAUCCUGGUCUCACCUUUGCACCACAUAUCCAGUAUGUUGCUAAAACCUUUUGAUUCCACCUUAAAAACAUUGCCCGCAUCCAACCCUUUCUCACGCAAGAUGCUGCCAAGGAGCUUGUUCAUGAUCUGGUAAUCUCUUGCAUGGAUUACUGUAAUUCUCUCCUAGUUGGCCCCGCUACAAUCGGUAAUGAAUGCUGCCACCAGGUUGAUCUUUCCCACCCGUUUCGUUUCCCCUCCCAUACCUCGCCCCUCUGUCGAUUCUUACACUGUCUUCCUGUAUACUAUAGGUGUCAAUUCAAAAUACUAACCCUUACAUAUAAAGCUCUUACCAACUCUAGCCCCUGUUACAUUUCUUCCCUGAUUCAUAGAUAUGCCCCUUCUUGGUCUCUCCGGGCUGCUGGUGACCUUCGCCUGUCCGCUGCUCGCACACUUACUGCUAACUCAUGCUUGCAGGACUUCUCGCAGGUUUCUCCCUUCCUUUGGAAUAUCAGACUCUCUUCAAUUGUUUUUGUCACUGUGUAAUUGUCUCAUUUAUUGUAAAUUUCCCCCUCUUUCAUAAUAUUUUAAAGCACUGCGGAAUUGCGGAACUGUAUUGAAUUGAAAACUAACUUGAGAAAUUGAUUCAACAAUGGUAAAUAGGUUGAAAACCUCUCUAAUGCCACCAUAGUCACAGCUUGUCUCUUAGCCUAAAUAGUUUUCAAUUCAUCACAAUUCGGUGUUUAGUGAAUAAACCUCAUUCAUUAAUAAACACACAAUAGAGGUGCAUGUUAAACAAUAAAUUUGAUAAUACUUAUCGUUGAGAUCCACAUUCUUUUAAUAAAUGGAAACACAUGUAAAAGAAAAAAUAUAAUACACCACAUAGUGCAGCAAUAUGAUACAAUGAAGAUAUAUAGGUGACAGAUAUCGCUGAAACAUAUAAAAUGUGUAUAGGUAGGGAGAGAUAGAAAUUGACAACAGGGCAAGGUAUCAAAAUCACCUGGAACCUGGUCCCAGAGAGUCAGGUAACACCAACCACUUACAGAAAAUAGAGGCCACACUAGGAUCGGAUAUAUGGGCACAGAGCCAAAAUCAGCCGGCUAAAGCCCAUCUGUUUCGUCCUCCUUGGAGUUCUGUCCCCUGCAGUCACUGUAGUUGCCAAUGUGGGUCGCGAAAGGAAGAUGCCAACAAGAGAGUGGAGUACCGGAAAGCGAUUUAUUCACAAAGGAAUCCAAAGCAGUUAAAACUUUUGUUUUAAUUUUAACUUUUAAUGUAACUGCCUUAGUGAAAAGAAAUACAUUUUCAAAAAAAAUCACAGCAAUACAAAUGGACUAUUUGCACUUAAAAGAGCUGUAUAGUGUGUGACCCCUAUUUAUAAAUCAAGUGGAUAUAUGCUGUGUUUCAAAAGAAAAUGAUAUCAAAUCAAUGAAUGUAUGAAAGAAGAAUUCAACAAAUAUGAAUGACCACAGGUGCUUGAAGAGGUUGCCAGAGCAACAGAUAAAAAUACAUUAGUAAUGAAGUAGAAACUAAAAAGUGGUUUUUUUUUUCUGAAUUAAAGGGACACAAUAAAGAGACACAUUGAGGAUACAGACAGUAUCGGUCAAGGUGACAUGCAUUUUGAUUCUAGGAAUAUCAGAGAGUCUAUCAGUUUCCUGGAAUGGCUUUCAGAGCUUUUAUUUAUUCUAUUUCUUACAUCAAAGAUUUGAAACACACCUUCAUAACCUAAAUUCAAGAGAUGCAUUUAUUUUCUUUUGCCCUUUCUAAAUAUUGUGCAGUGAAUAAUCCAUUGCUAGGAAAAUUAGAUAUGUACUGUAAAAGGAGGAUCAAGGUUUAUUUUAUGACUUAUAGGGAAAAUUUAUGAAUGUUUCAUUCGCAAACAUGUAUGUAGAAUUACAUUCUAUCGUCAAAAUCCAGCCGAAAAUUAUUGACUGUUUUCAGACGAUAUUUUUUUUAUUGCAUUAUGACGGGAUUUAAUGCUAGCUGGAAUUCUAGCAGCUGGAAUUGAUAAAAGGCUGCUUGAGAAAAAUCACCUAAGAAAUGUGCUUUUGAACCUUGUUAGUCAUUAAAAAAGAAAUAAACUAAAAGCCUAUGGGGGGUCAACAUGAACUUUGUAUUUGUAUUAGAGGUCUUAUACCCACCUCAGGUCCCACUCGCCAUGCUGGAAUGGGGGCAUUUUUACAACAAAGUGUGCAGCUAGUGGCUGCUUGCUGUAAUAAUAAGUGGCUCAGUUACUAUUAACAAACAGGGUAGAUUUGGAACAGGCUCACCUAUGUCCCCACAUAUGGGUAUCUGAUGGGGUUGUAAAAUAAAGAGUGGUGGAUAGACAGAUCAGUGUCCCCCUGUGCCCCCGUGGUGCUGCUAUCAUAAGAUAACGAAUCAGGGAUGCACAGCAUAGAGUGCUCAGAUUGGUCGGCUUACAGGUUAACCAAUCUGAGGACUCUGACUGAAAUUGCAUAACUUGGGAAAGCCCUUAUAUUAUUAAGGGGACUUAACCAUCUUGGACUUUCAAGAAAGUAUAGUCAUCUGAAAUGCAUGCUCUCAUCUGUUGAUAUAUCAGUGGUGAGAAAAGAAAAAAAUCGGAGCAUCACAAUCGCUGUUCCUAUGAGUGAGUAUGAGUGUGAGAUGAGGCCUGAAGAACAGAGAAUGAGAUAGAACAGUUUAUAUAAAGGUAUUCACAGCCAAGAAGAGCAGGAGGAGGGGAGGAGAGAAUAGGGGAGGGGUAGAGUAGCAAUGUGUUGAUUGAUGUAGAUCUUCAGUGGAAAAGUGAAGCAGUCAGAUAUACAAUAAAUAUACAAACACGAUGAAAGAGAAUCUAACACAGAGUCUGUUCUGGUUGUGGGGUAAUUAGGGCAUAAACCAACAUAGAAAUCAAUAAUAAGAUAUAGCGAGAAACAAGCCUAAUACCAAUCAUAUUACCCUUAUUAAAGUACGUUUUCCUGGCACUAUGUAGUCCUUAGGCCCCCCCACCCUCAUGGCCCCCCUCCCGCUGGGCUGAAGGGGUUAAAACCCCUUCAGCCACUUACCUUUCUCCAGUGCCGGGGUCCCUCGGCGUUGGGGAACUCUCCUCCUUCUGCCGACAUCAGCGCAAACAUUCAAACCGCCCAUAGGAAAGCAUUACUCAAUGCUUUCCUAUGGACGUCAGCGUCUUCUCACUGUGAUUUUCACAGUGAGAAUCGCAGAAGUGGCCUCUAGUGGCUGUCAAUGAGACAGCCACUAGAGGCUGGAUUAACCCUCAGUGUAAACAUAGCAGUUUCUCUGUCAGUAAAGUAACAUGCAAAGCAUUUAGAUUAGUUAGUAGGGUUGCCACAGCAGGGCGAAGAAGAGAGUUAAAAGUAUUAAAGAGAUGCCUAGGGUUGCGGGAGCAUGAACUAAUAAGAGAAGAAAAGUAGGACUGUUUAGAAAGGGUGAGGACUGCGCUGUAUGAACGCAAGACAAAUUUGUAGUGUAGAAAGUCUGACAAGGUGCGAGACUUCCUCCAGCAGCAUUUAGCUGCAGGUAGCAGGUUAUCUUAGUGUGCCAUGGUUGGAGGCGUGCCCUCCUUGAGGAGUGGGUCUGCAGGGUCUAGGGCAGAGAUGAGGGUAGCAUUAUAUGAGGAGAUAGCCAGAGAGGCACAGGAGAGGGUAGGGAUGCAUGAGAGUUCAGAAUGGAUAUCAGUUGAGAGCUGCUGGAGGUCAAGAGAAUUCAAACUCCUCCUGAGUUGAGGAGGGUUAGGUUAAGGAUAUUGUGUGUGGGGGCACUAAAGAAUAAAUAAUAGGAGGUGGUCUGAAAUUGGAAAUGGAGUAUUACAGAGAUUGGAGACUGAACAUGCAUUUGAAAAAAUAAGAUCUAGGGUAUUGCCAGCUACAUGUGUGCGAGAAUUAGCCCAUUGCGAUAGCCCAAAGGAGGAGGUGAUUGAAAUACAUUUUGAGGCUACUGAGGACAAGGGUGGGUUAACGGGAAUGUUGAAAUCCCCGAGAAUUAGAGAUGUGAUAUUGCUUGAAAGGAAGCAAGGAAGCCAGCCAGUAAAAUGGUCAAGGAAGAGACAAGGAGAACCAUGAGGCCGAUAAAUAACUGCAAUUGAUGCAGAAAUGGGGUUGAAUAAGCAAACUGAGUGAAUUUCAAAGAAGGAGAAAGAGUGGAAAAGGGGGGGUGGGUAGAGGUUUGAAGGAGCAGUGGUGUGAAAGCAGAAACCCUGCACCACCACCUUUACUGUCAGGCUAUCUUGGGUUGUGUAUAAACUGUAGACCACCAUAGGAUAAUGAGGCAGGGGUAGCUGUGUCAGAAGGAAAGAGCCAGGUUUCAGUUAAAGCAAGUAGGUUUAGGGGGCGUGAGAUGAAUAAGUGGUGAAUAGAAGUAGAUUUAGUUAUGUUGUACACAGAACAUGCAUUCCAGAGGGCAGAAUGGAAGGAGCACUUUAGAGGUGUAACCCCUUAAGUUAAGCUGGUGCCAGUGGCUUCCUGGCACCAAAACAACUUAUGUUGUUAUCGUGCCUGGAGUGUUUCUUUAACUGAUUGUUUGUAAUUAAAAACUUAAUUUUAUAUGAAUGUAGCUAUCAAAAAUAAACUACUCUGAUUUUCAGGCUGCCAGUAACCAAGGCAACUUGGAAAGAUCUCAAGCUAGUACCUGACCAGUUUAUUUAUAAAUCUGUGGAUGAUAUAAACAAACAAGAUGUAUAAGAACAUGGAAACAAAUGACUAGAAACUAACAAUCAUUAAAAAAAAUUUGAAAAUAAAUAAAUAAAUAAUGCUAAUUAAAGGCAUGGAUGGAUACAUUUCACUGACAAAUUGCCAUAUAUGAGAAUAUGCUAGAAACAUAAAACAACAUGCAGUGAAGAAUGCAAAUACUCCUUAGUAGACACCAGAUUAAAGGAACACUAUAGCCAUCCAAAUUACUUAAUCUCAUUGAAGAACAGCUGCCCCAUCUCACACUCCCGGUAACGAACAGUUGCAAAUUAGGGGAGGACUCCCUUUGAGGACCUGGUCCUUCCUGGGGGAAGUGGACUACAUCCCUAUCUGUAGAGCCUUACAAGAUGGGUAACUACGGGGUCUGAACUUGCUGGAGGGUAGACUGCAAACGGCCCUGACCUCUUUCCGCUACAUGCAACUAACCCAUUACUAUAAUGCGCUCCCGCAUAAAGAACGGUUGCACAGGGAACUCACGUGGUUUGAGGAACUCUGUGUGUGUGAGGCAGUAAGCUUGAAAAGGCAGUCUCCAUGCUCUACCAAUAUCGCUUGGUGGGAACUCAUUCGGCGAACAAUACCUUCCAAAGGCAAUGGGAAGCUCUCACGGGCAGGACUUUUUCACUGUCGCAAUGGGAUAAGCCAAAACUGUGGCAUAAGAGCACCAUCAGUUCUCAAUAUCAAGAGAUGAACUAUAAACUCAUAUCUCUAUGAUAUAAAAUGCCAACUCUAGUUCACAGAAUCUUACCCGCGGUUUCCCCAAUAUGUUGGAGAUACCAGGUGGAAAGGGAGACGAUGAUAUACAUCUGGUGGGGAUGCCAAGACAUCAUCCCAUACUGGGAGACGGUAAAAGAUGACGUGAGGGCAAUCUUAGGAGACUCGACCGAAUGGUCAGCUGAACUAACCCUACUGCAUGUAUCAUCACAACCGGUCUCACUUUAUAAAACAUCAAUUUUAUGCCACUUACUGAACGCGGCCAAGUCCCUCAUACCGGUCUUUUGGAUACGGACGGAGGUCCCUAGUAGGGAUGAGUGGAUUCGCAGGGUCGAGGACAUUCAGGCGUCGGAGGCGCUUUAUGCCUUGCUGACAGGGAGGGGGUCCAGAUAUGCAGAGACAUGGCAACCAUGGUUUAUAUUCAUUUCUUGUGACCUGUGAAGUAUUGUAGCCUCCGGUGCCACAGGGGGGAAGGGGGUUCUGGGGGGGGCCCGACCUCUUAGGAUGGGGAUCAUACUUUCUUCUUACUUACUUUCAUACCUGUACUUGCUAUACUCCAACUGUCUCACAUCAAGGGCCCACUCCUACGUUAUUUGGUGUUAGACUAGUGGCAAUACUUUGGGGGGUACCACACUCUAAGAACACAUCGUGCCCUUUUUGUGACUGCCCGGAGACUUAAUACAGUCCUGUAUGCGUUGACCUCAUCUACCGAAUGCCAGUAUAGUAAUCGAUAAUAAUGGGUGCAGGACAAUUGCAUGUGGCAUGUUACAUAGCAAUAGUAUGUAUAUACAUAUAACCUAAGCUUUAUAUUGAGAAACCUGCGCGCUUUCCCUGUUGUACUUUAUGUGUACUCUUUCUUGGAAAACACUAAAAAUCAUUAAUGAAUAAAAUGAAAAACAUUUCAAUAGUACAAUUCCAAUGAAGAUAUUCCUAAAAAAUACUUAUUACACACAUAAACACAUAGUCACUCCAUCUUGGCAUAUUAUUAUUUCAAAAAGACCAGAAUACAUAUAUUUAUAUUUAUAUAUAUAUAUUUUUUUAUAAAUAAGCAAAAAUCUAUUAAAAUCCUAGCAGAUUAUACAUAUCAUAUUAAAAACAUGAAAAAUCCAUAAUUUAAAGCAAAAAUUGGAAGUUGCCCAAUAAACAAAUUGAUCCAGAUUAUAAAAUAUUUAUAGUGAAUUUGCAAAUUGUAAACUAAAUGGGUAAACGUUGUAGGGAGGUGCAAAUCUAGUACUCCAUGAAAGUCUAGAGAAAAAAUGCUAUUCAUUAAGCACAGUAAACCCUUGCUUUGCUAACAGCACCUGGCUUAACCAUUCAGGGUUAUUCCCGAAAGUGAGAAUUCAUGGAGAAUUCAAAGGGAAAUUCAAUAUUAAAUGGAUUCUAUAGUGCCAGGAAAACAAAGCCGUUUUCCUGGUACUAUAGAAUCCUACAGGGCCCCCCUCUCUCGCCCUUAAAGGGACUCUCCAGUGCCAGGAAAACAUAUUUGUUUUCCUGGCACUGCAGGACUCUACGGGUCCCCUCUCCCUCCCACCCCCUAUCCCAAGUUGCUGAAGGGGUAAAACCCCUUCAGUGACUUAACAGAUUCCAGCGCUGAUGUCCUCCUCCUAGACCUAAUGCACAUGCGCGGCAUUAUUCAAUGUUUUCCUAUGGAGAUUUCAGCAACGUUGGAGGUCAUCACAUAGCGUGCGGACGUCCAGCGUUGCUUAAAACAGUUUUCGUGUUCUAAGAAUACGGAAGUCCCUCUAGUGGCUGUCUGUAAUUACAUUUGCAGGGUUAAGGGUAGUGGGAGUUGGCACCCAGACCACUCCAAUGGGCAGAAGUGGUCUGGGUGCUUGGAGUGUCCCUUUAAUGCUUUCCUAUGGGGAAAUAUCUGAUGCUAGAGGUCCUCUUGCACAGCGUGAUGAAAUCUAGCGUCAGAUAAUGGACCAAAGGUCAGUUUCAAACCAGGAAGUCCCUCUAGUGGCUGUCUGGUAGAAAGCCACCAGAGGUGGAGUUAACCCUGGAUAGUAAUUAUUGCAGUUUCUCAAUAACUGCAUUAAUUACUAUUGCAGGGUUAAGGGACAUUGGACAUUACACCCAGACCACUUCAAUAAGCUAAAGUGGUCUGGGUGCCUACAGUGUCCCUUUAAGUUCAAAAUUGCCAAACUGGAAAAAUACUCUAAGUCAGCUAUACUUUCAGUUCAGUUACUCUGGCCUGAAAUGUGAAACUCACUUUGAUUUCUUACUAUAAUAAAUAUCUCUAAUGGUGAACUGAAAACUGAAUAGGAAACAUAAGGCAUAAAAUUGCUUAUUUUGCAUAUUUUCACAGCUUAGCUUUUUUUUAGCAUGAAUAAUUAAUUUUUAAGUGCAAUUCUGUGUUUAAUAAAAAAUAUAUAUAUAUAUGUUUUGCAUAUAAUCUUUUUAAUGCACAAUGUGCUGAAAUAAAGAGAAAUGCCAUCAUGAAAAUAUCUUAUUUUCGUGGGAAAAUUAUUAAAAUUUGCAAUGUCUAAGUGUAGGAAAUUGUUUAUUAUUUUGUACUAUAUAUUGUCUUAGAAUUUAUGUCUCUAUGGCUCCUGCGCCAAUGUCAUCCAAUGAAGGAACCUAACGUGCAUGUGCGAUGAGUGCCACAUGCUUGACUUAAUGUUUUCCCAUAAGUAUUAUAAAGACGUAAGAAAAACAUAUGAUAUAAGGACAUCCGGUGUCGUUUCACGGAGUAAAACUCUGUAAACAGCAGGAAGCACCUCCAGUUUUCCCAAAAGGGAAGACAUUUCAGACCGUCUAUAAGAUUCACGAAAAUAAAGCAGGCAGCUGAUGGCGAUUCCAACAAAGAAUUUUCGAGAUUGUUUUGAACAGUGGAAGAGAUACUGGGAGAAUACUUUGGGUGCCUACUUUGAAGGGGACUGAGGCAUCAUUGUCAUAUAUACAAUGUUUCUUGUAUACUGUAGCUUCUUCAAUAAAUCUCUCUGUUUUUCGUAUUACAUACUUUCCGGACAUACCAUAUAUAUAUAUAUAUAUAUAUAUAUAUAUACAUAUUAUAUUUAUUAUUUCAUAUUGAACUUUGAGUUUUAACUCUCUGAUAUUUUUAUAUAUGUAUCUUUAUAUUGGCUAAUGUUUUUACACUUGUAUAGGUUCAUUUGUGGUUGUAUUUUUUAUCACGUUGUUGAUCUGCUUUCUUUUACUUUUAUCAAAUACAGAUCAUAGCAAAUCAUCACAUGCAGUCGAUUUCCUUUGCAUCUGGUGGAGAUCCGGUAAGAUUUAAUUUAUUCUACAAUAUAAUACGUUUCCAAUGACUAGAUUGCACCACACACUCAUAAGCAGUGGUGGCUGGUGAAUUUUUCAGAUGGCGGGGUGCUAGGCUCCAGCUCUGUAAUUUGAUCCUCCCCCUUUACAUAAACUUUGCUUCUAAGCUGUUGGACCUGUUGUCCACUUAAAGGGAUACUAUAUAGGCAACAAAACAACUUUAGCCUAAUGAAGCAAUUAUUUGUGUAAAUCAUGCCCCUUUGGUCUCAGUAGAGGGCAAUAGAGAGUGCAGUCAGAAGUUAAUCUAAGCCUUAGACAGAAGAUUAGGGGAUAACCCAAAACAUUCUGAAACAUUCUGAAACCAAGUUCAAAAAGCAAAAUAAAGAGAUUUAUAUCAGACAAAAUGUCUGGAUGGUUACAAGACUAAGGCUAAAAAUUAUUUAAUCUUUAUUUAGGCAACAAAAACUUCAUAAAAGACCCAUACACACGAACCUCACAAAAUACAUUCUUAAGGUGCAGAACAGUGUAAGUGCACUAAUAAAAUAGAUUAACUAGAAACCUCUGUUCUAAUAGGGCAAACCCCUAUUGAGUGGAUAGAAACAUAGAAUGUGACGGCAGAUAAGAACCAUUCGGCCCUUCUAGUCUGCCCAAUUUUCUAAAUACUUUCAUUAGUCCCUGGCCUUAUCUUAUAGUUAGGAUAGCCUUAUGCCUAUCCCAGGCAUGCUUAAACUCCUUUACUGUGUUAACCUCUACCACUUCAGCUGGAAGGCUAUUCCAUGCAUCCAUUACCCUCUCAGUAAAGUAAUACUUACUGAUAUUAUGUUUAAUGGCAUAAUCUUAUUACUUGAAGCAGCUAUGGUAAAUGUUUCAUCGUAUUAGAAUACAUAACCUCACAGCUGCCAAAAAGCAAGUUGCAAGGGUAUAUUAACUAAACACUGGACUUUCAGAACAUAGGUUUCUAGUGAAUCUAUUAUAUUAGUACACUUUUAGAAAUAAGCACUUUUAUUAAUUUGUUAAAAUGCCUCCACAGCUGUCAAUCAGACAUCCAGGGAGGUUUUCAUCCACUUCUGUAGCUCCACAGAGUUAACUCAAGAGGCAGGCAUGCUCGGCGAGUGCACGCCAGCCUUUCCUCCCUUCCCAAUCAGCUGUUGUACAGCUCAUUGAGAAGCCUAGGAAGCCACAAUUUUGUGUGAAUGCUUGUGGCUUUUUUCGCAGAGGCUUCUCAAUGAGAAGUGAGUGAUUGGUGUAUUCUCCAGCACAGACUAAACAUCCGUGCUGGGGGAAGAGGGGAAGACUUUCAAUGGCUGCAGAGGUCUGCAGUUUUUCAGGCUGCUAUUUACCCCCAAACAAGGCAUGCAUGUAUGUUUUCUUUGUGGGUAUAUCUACUAAAUUGUUUAACUUUUUGUUAAAUGUAUACUUUUUAUUGCAUUGCAACAUAAAUAAAUAGGAUUACAAUUCCACACAAAUAUUUGUCAGAAUCACAAGUCACACGGUUCACAAAUGACAGGGUAUACACAGCUGCGUAGCCUACAUCAGAACAGUGCCAUACAAAUAUUCGUACAUAUACAGUACUUUCAUAUAUGCCAAAACAAGUAUAAAUAUACAAAUACAGUACAGUAGACAUGUGCAAUUCGUAAUUUCAGACAUUCGGAUGCUUCGGACUUCUGAAAAGUGGCAAAACGGGUAGGGGCAGGAUUGGGGUUAGGGUAGGGUUAGGGAUAGGGGUUGGGAUAGAGUUAGAGGUAGGGUUAGGAGUAGGGUUAAGUUAGGAGAAGGGUUAGGGUUUGGCAGGGCCACCAACAGAAAUUUUGGGGCCCCUAACUCAGCUCAGGGUCUGGGCCCCUUGGGGCCCGCCUCCAAUCCCGCCCACAGGGUCCGCCUCCAAUCCCGCCCACAGGGUCCGCCUCCAAAUCCCGUCCACAGGAAUACACACACAGACACAAAAACACACACUGAUACAAAAGGACACAGAUACACACACACACACACACACACAGAUACAUACUAACAGACACACAUACUGAAACAGACAUACACGCAUAUAGGCAUACAUACUGACACACACAUACUGAGACAUACACACAGGCAUACAUAGUGACAGAUAGACACAUACUAACAUAGAUACAGACACACAUGCAUGAGGACAUACACAUACAUACACCGACAUACAUACACACAUACAUACACAUAGACAUACAUUCAUUCAUACUGGCAUACAUAUGUAUAUACAUACAUACAGACAUACUGACAGACAUAUAUUCAUACAGACAGACAUACAGACACUGACAUCCAUACACACAUACAUACAUACACAGACAUACAUUCAUAAUGGCAUACAUUCAUACUGGCAUACAUGCAUAUAUACAGACAUACUGACAGACAUACAUACAUACAUACAUACAUUCAUACAUACCUACAUACAUGCAUACUGACAUCCAUACACACAUACACACAGACAUACGUUCAUAAUGACAUGCAGACAUACAUUCAUACUGACAUACUGACAUACAUGCAUACAUACAGACAUACAUUCAUAAUGACAUACAUACAUAUAUACAUACAUAAUGAUAGGGGUCCAGUUCACGGUCCCUCAGACACUGUUGGGGGCCGGACAAUAAACAAUAUGAACGAAUUCCUAUGCACACUGCACACACACGCAUAAGGACAUAAAUACACACACACACAUUCUGACAUACAUACAUAUAUACAGGGAGUGCAGAAUUAUUAGGCAAGUUGUAUUUUUGAGGAUUAAUUUUAUUAUUGAACAACAACCAUGUUCUCAAUGAACCCAAAAAACGAAUUAAUAUCAAAGCUGAAUAUUUUUGGAAGUAGUUUUUAGUUUGUUUUUAGUUUAGCUAUGUUAGGGGGAUAUCUGUGUGUGCAGGUGACUAUUACUGUGCAUAAUUAUUAGGCAACUUAACAAAAAACAAAUAUAUACCCAUUUCAAUUAUUUAUUAUUACCAGUGAAACCAAUAUAACAUCUCAACAUUCACAAAUAUACAUUUCUGACAUUCAAAAACAAAACAAAAACAAAUCAGUGACCAAUAUAGCCACCUUUCUUUGCAAGGACACUCAAAAGCCUGCCAUCCAUGGAUUCUGUCAGUGUUUUGAUCUGUUCACCAUCAACAUUGCGUGCAGCAGCAACCACAGCCUCCCAGACACUGUUCAGAGAGGUGUACUGUUUUCCCUCCUUGUAAAUCUCACAUUUGAUGAUGGACCACAGGUUCUCAAUGGGGUUCAGAUCAGGUGAACAAGGAGGCCAUGUCAUUAGAUUUUCUUCUUUUAUACCCUUUCUUGCCAGCCACGCUGUGGAGUACUUGGACGCGUGUGAUGGAGCAUUGUCCUGCAUGAAAAUCAUGUUUUUCUUGAAGGAUGCAGACUUCUUCCUGUACCACUGCUUGAAGAAGGUGUCUUCCAGGAACUGGCAGUAGGACUGGGAGUUGAGCUUGACUCCAUCCUCAACCCGAAAAGGCCCCACAAGCUCAUCUUUGAUGAUACCAGCCCAAACCAGUACUCCACCUCCACCUUGCUGGCGUCUGAGUCGGACUGGAGCUCUCUGCCCUUUACCAAUCCAGCCACGGGCCCAUCCAUCUGGCCCAUCAAGACUCACUCUCAUUUCAUCAGUCCAUAAAACCUUAGAAAAAUCAGUCUUGAGAUAUUUCUUGGCCCAGUCUUGACGUUUCAGCUUGUGUGUCUUGUUCAGUGGUGGUCGUCUUUCAGCCUUUCUUACCUUGGCCAUGUCUCUGAGUAUUGCACACCUUGUGCUUUUGGGCACUCCAGUGAUGUUGCAGCUCUGAAAUAUGGCCAAACUGGUGGCAAGUGGCAUCGUGGCAGCUGCACGCUUGACUUUUCUCAGUUCAUGGGCAGUUAUUUUGCGCCUUGGUUUUUCCACACGCUUCUUGCGACCCUGUUGACUAUUUUGAAUGAAACGCUUGAUUGUUCGAUGAUCACGCUUCAGAAGCUUUGCAAUUUUAAGAGUGCUGCAUCCCUCUGCAAGAUAUCUCACUAUUUUUGACUUUUCUGAGCCUGUCAAGUCCUUCUUUUGACCCAUUUUGCCAAAGGAAAGGAAGUUGCCUAAUAAUUAUGCACACCUGAUAUAGGGUGUUGAUGUCAUUAGACCACACCCCUUCUCAUUACAGAGAUGCACAUCACCUAAUAUGCUUAAUUGGUAGUAGGCUUUCGAGCCUAUACAGCUUGGAGUAAGACAACAUGCAUAAAGAGGAUGAUGUGGUCAAAAUACUCAUUUGCCUAAUAAUUCUGCACUCCCUGUAAACAGACAGACACAGACAUAUACAUACACAUUGAAAUACAUACAGAUACUUACACACAGACAGACAUACAUACAUACACAUACUGACUUACACACACAGACAUACAUACUGACAUACAUACACACAUACAUGCUGACAUACAUACUGACAGACACACAGACACACAUACAUACUUACAUACACACAUACAUACUGACAUACACACAUACAUACUGACAUACUGACACACACACAUACAUACAGACACACACAUACAUACUGACAUUACAUACAUACACACAUACAUACGUACAUACAUACUGACCUAUAUACCGACGCACAUACAUACUGACACACAUACAUACAUACAUACUGACACACAUACAUACACACAUACCAACAUACAUACAUACUGACACACAUACAUAGAUACAUAUUGCCAUACACACAUACAUACUGACAUACAUACAUACUGACAUACUGACACACACACACAUACAUAGACUUACAGGUCCUGACAUACAUACAUACAUACAUACAUACUGAGAUACACACAUACAUACAUACACAAAUACAGCUAUUUUUGCUUACCUUUUUUUUGCAGGUGGAAGGCUGUGGUUGAUGGGAGUCGGCGUGGCUCCUGCGGCCUGGCUUUCUUCCCUCCCGCGUGGAGGGGAACUUGGAGGUAGUGACGGCCACUUCAUCCCAGCAGAACUUUGCAGCUGCGAUUUUUUUUAAAGGGGCCCGGUCGCGCUAUUUCACAGCUGCAGCGCUGACCGGGCCCCUGAAGAUAUAGGGCCCAUGCGUGGGGAUAGGCCCCAACAGCGUGCGGACCCCGGUGCAACUGCACCGGCAGCAGUUCCGCCGCUACACGUGUCACCCCCUGAUGGCGGCCCUGGGGUUGGGUUAGGAGUAUGGUUAGAGUUAGCGGUAGGUUUGGGUUAGGAGUAGGAUUAGGGUAGGGUGAAGGGUAAGGUUAGGAUUGAGCUAGCAGUAGGGUUAGAGUUAGGGUAGGGUUAGGAGUAGGAUUAGGGGUGCCGAAUUCCCAAAGUCCCAAAUUUCGGAAGUGCCGAACCGAAUUGCCGAAGUGCUGAAUUGCCGAAGAGCCGAACUUCAAAAUGCCAAACCAAACCAAAUUUCUUUGCCCAUGCACAUCCCUACAGUACAGAUGUAUAUACGCAUAUAUGCAGGACCUGUACGUUAGACUUAUAUUUGGGACAUCAUAGCUCGAUCGGUCAUGCUCCUGUCUAUUGUUUACUCGUAGGUGUAUCACUAAACUCCAUGAUAUAUUUCUUAUUCUUUGUCUUUUGACUAGGCUGGGCGUUGUAGUCCUGAUAUGUAGGCUGCUUUUAUCUUGUUUGCAUUUUUAAGAAUAAAAUAUGAAAAUAAACUAACAACAUAAACUAAAGUUUUGGGUAGUGAGGGAAGUGGAGGGUGGAAGAUUGUGUGAGGUAUAGAUGAUCAGUAACAAUCUAACGGUCUGUGGGAUUGGAUGGUGUGGACUAUCAUGGACUAUCAUAAGCAUCCAUUAGGUCUUGUUAUGAUCUACAUGCUGAUGUAACCUGUGAGUGGGCUUUAGUUACACCGAUCUAUAGGCAAUGGGUGCGUAAGGCGGCCCGGUCAUGCCACUGUUUGCUCUAGAGAUCUAUUUUACCCUGUAUCCGGGAGGUCAUUUGGUCAUACACGUGUGUAGAGUCCACUGUGGCGAAACCAACCUCGCCACUGGGCAUUGGAGAAGACUGAUUGCCAGCCUCCUGCCAUGUGACUAUGGCCCCUGGGAUGUAUUGCCCUUUAAAGACAUGAUUUGGGCAUAAUGGAUUUGUGUUGUGCUGCUGCUGGCCCUUUAAGAACUAUCUGGGGACAUACUGUGGAGUUACUGGGUGGCCAUUAUUUCCUGUAUCAGAAGCACAUGGUGAGAACAAUGGAUGGUGGCCAUUUUAACUCACAGACACUGUUUGGACUUUUCAACACGGUGCCAUCUCGACAGUAUUUGGUGCACAGAGACAUCGUGCAGUGGUUUUGGACUAUACAGCAGGGGACACAUUAUACAGUGAUUGUUUUUUAUUUAGCCUGUAUAUGUUCUGCAGAAUCUGCAUUAAACUGUAUUUUCCAAAGUACUGAACGGAUCUGGGUUUUGGAUAUGUGGUUCACCCAGAUCCCCCGGUUCCAAGGAUAUACUUUUUAUGGGGUUAUUGCAUGUUUUGGGGUCCCUGUGAUAUGUUUUAUGAAACUGUAUUUCUCUGUCUGUGAUAAUUAGAUUACCCAUCGUGUUCAGUAAUCAUAUCACAGGCAGAGGGGAGGAUUUUGUGUGGGAGUGUCUGUGUGAAUUGUACAGAUUGAUUGGUUGUUCUGUAAAACCCUGUGGGCAGUACUAAGUUUGUGGAUUGGGAAUAAAAGAGGCUGUAUGUGCCAGUACAGUCAGUUCCUGUUUUAACCCUCAAAGUGAAGUGUCGUCUCAUUAUUGGGGGAAGGAUUUAUUGUAUGCUGUUCCAGUUUGACUGCUAGGAGAGUAAACCUAUUCGUAUGGUUCCUAUUUAACUGUCUACAGCAUUUAAAUGCUUGGGAGAAUUUAUUUGUUUCUCCGGUUCGGUGAUUGUGGUGUCUACCAGAGUGCUUGGAGUCCUCAGGAAGUGCUAGGAGCAUCCUUCAACGGAGGUACCCAGUCUGGGUGCCAGGUGAUCCGUUACAUCCACUCUCUGAAAUUUUUCUUUUACUGAAGAAUGGUGAGCUAUGCUCAAUUUUGCUUCUAUCAGUAUAUUGAGUAUCCGUGUCCUAUUAGGAAGAGAGUGAAGCUCGGGGAAAAGAUGUAAUAAGUAGUGUUCUGGUAGCUUAGGGAUUGUGAGCCAGCUACCUUUGUCUACUUUGUCAGCUAUAUCAUUCCAGAACUGAGAUAGCUCUGAACAUUCCUAGAAAACAUGCAGAAUCAUACCCGGGGUCAAUUGGCAUCUCCAACAAAUUGGAUCAACCUCCUUAUAAAUUUGAGAGAUCUGUUGAGGAACCAUGUACCAGCGCAUCAGCAAUUUGGUAUGUGCUUCCCAACGUGAUAGGCUGUUACUGGAAGCUUUGGUAUAGCUUAUGGCUGAUAACCGUCGAUGUAAUGGGAAUAUUUUGUUCAUAUCUUUUUUCCAGCGAUGCAUGUAGGGAAGUUUAAGGUUUACAUAAAUGCAUGUAGCAUUCUGCUAGCGAUUUCAAUUUGGUUUUACCAAGCAUAUAUGAUCUGCCCAUGGUAGAAAGGUGUGAGAGAUUUGAGAGUCGUAUAUGUUUUGUCAUCAGAAUGCUCUUUAUGCGGUGGUAGGUUAAUAAAUCUUUCAGAUCUAGGGAAAAUUCUGCCUGUAAUGCGGGGUCUUGUUUUAUUCCCUUGUGGUAACAGAGAGCGGAAACUUUAACAAUGUCUCGAGAAAGCCAUGAACUCAGGGGUAAGUCAGGGGAUAUAGCCUCCAGGGCCUGAAGUGGGGCUAACUUCAGUAAAGAAGCUGGAUCAAUCAACAUUCUGCUCCAAGACUUCCAUGUUAAUACCAGCACUAUAGUGCAUAACAGGUCUUUGAUAGAUUGCAAGGGUGUAUUAGUCCACAGUAAAGUAGAAAGAGAGGUAGGGAAAAUACAUGCAUUUUCCAAGGAAAGCCAGAUGGACAGUGGUGUACAUACCAGGGUCGCAGGGGUCGCGGCUGCGACCGGGCCCGGCCCACCAGGGGCCCGGCCGUCCCUGCGACCCGGUAUGUAGCCACAGGGCCAGCCUCUUCCCCUGGGGGGCCCAGGAGGCGGCCACCUCAGGGCCCCCGAGGCUGGCCCUGCUGACCCCGGCGGGCGGGUGGCCGGUCGGGCAGGCGGGCGCGCGAGGGAGCACUCUCUGUGUGCUUCCUCUUCUGCUCCCUCGCGCACCGCACUGAUACCGGAGCCGGAAGAUGACGUCAUCUUCCGGCUCCGGCAUCCAUACGCAGCGCGCGAGGGAGCAGAAGAGGAAGCACUGAGUGCUCCUUCGCGCGCCCGCCUGCCCGACCGGCCACCCGCCCGCCGGGGUCAGCAGCACCACUGGACACCAGGGAAUCCCCCCAGCACUCCAAAAGGAGGCUGGGGGGAUUAAAUAAAAAAAAAAAAAAAACAUGUGUUAGUGUUUGAGUGUGUGUGAGUGUUAGUGUGUGUGUGAGUGUUAGUGUGAGGGUUUGAGUGCGUGUGAGUGUUAGUGUGAGUGUUAGUGUGUGUGUCUGCUAGUGAGUGUUAGUGUGUGUGUGUCUGCUAGUGAGUGUGAGUGUUAGUGUGUGUCUGCUAGUGAGUGUUAGUGUGAGUGUUAGAGUGCGAGUGUGUGUGUCUGCUAGUUAGUGUGAGUGUUAGUGUGUGUGAGUGUUAGAGUGAGUGUUACUGUGUGUGUCUGCUAGUGAGUGUCAGUGAGUGUGUUACUGUGUGUGUGUGUGUGUUAGUGAGUCUGAUGUCUGUUAGUGAGUGUGUGUUUGUCAAUGAGAGUGUAUGUUUUGUGAGUGUGUAUGUAUGUCUGUCGCUGACUGUGUCUCUGUCAGUAAAUGUGUGUGUCUGUUAGCUAGUGUGUAUGCGUCUGUAAGUGUGUGUGUGUGUGUGUGUGUCUUCAGCACUUACCUUUCUCCAGCGCCGGACACCCUUGGCGCUGAGGAUCCCUCAGCCUCUCAGCUCCGAAUGCGACCGCGCACGCAUUCAAACCGCCCAUAGGAAAGCAUUACUCAAUGCUUUCCUAUGGACGUUCAGUGUGCUCUUCUAGCGGCUGUCAGUGAGACAGCCACUAGAGGCUGGAUUAACCCUCAGUGAAACAUAGCAGUUUCUCUGAAACUGCUAUGUUUUCAGCUGCAGGAUUAAAACUAGAGGGACGUGACACCCAGACAACUUCAUUGAGCUGAUGUGAUCUGGGUGUCUGUAGUGGUCCUUUAAAGAACCACUAUAGUGCCAGGAAAACAUACUCGUUUUCCUGGCACUAUAGUGCCCUGAGGGUGCCCCCACCCUCAGGGACCCCCUCCCGCCCGGCUCUGGAAAGGGGUAAAACUUACCUUUUUCCACCGCUGGGCGGAGAGCUCUCCUCCUCCGAUCCUCCUCUUCUCCUCCCGUCGGCUGUAUGCGCACGCGCGGCAAGAGCUGUGCACGCAUUCAGCCGGUCACAUAGGAAAGCAUUCAUAAUGCUUUCCUAUGGACGCUGGCGUGCUCUCACUGUGAAAAUCACAGUGAGAAGCACGCAAGCGCCUCUAGCGGCUGUCAAUGAGACAGCCGCUAGAGGAAAUAGGGGAAGGCUUAACCCAUUCAGAAACAUAGCAGUUUCUCAGAAACUGCUAUGUUUAUGAAAAAAUGGGUUAACCCUAGCUGAAGUGGUCAUUAAGCUGAAGUGGUCUGGGUGCCUAGAGUGGUCCUUUAAGUGUGUGUGCAUCUGCAUGCACUGGCGUACAUACAGGGGUCGCAGCCCUGUAACCUCUGCGAUCAGGUGCCCACCUUCAUGUGUUGCGGCCCGGCCCGCGCGCGCGCGGGGGGGGGCACGGAUCAAUUUUCGCACCGGGGCCCCAUGGGUCAUGUGUACGCCACUGCAGAUGGAUGUUACUUGUUUUAAAAGCAUAUCGGUGCCUUGUGCUAAAAGGGAAGCUCUAUGGUAAUUUCGUAUGCAAGGGAUGCCUAGACCUCCCGCCUGUGCAGGGAGCCACGACAACUGCUUUGCUACUCGUGGAGGCUUUUUUUUUCCAAAUAUGGGCAUUGAGCAUUUUCUGUAAACGAUUAGGGAGAUGAUUCGGUAGUGAAAUAGGAAUAGUCCUAAAUAGAUAUAGAAUAUGUGCCAAGGAGCCAAACUCAAUCAUCCAGAGUACAGUGAUACAUUAGAUAAACAAGCAUAAGAAAAUUGCAUUGUCAUUAAAUAGUACUGGCCAUGCACAGUAGAGGCUGAUUAAUAGUAGACUUGGUUUAUACAAAAGGCUUGGCCAAGAAUAUAUGACAUUAUAUGCACAUAACUCUUAAGGGAGGUCACUCUGCUUAUCAGGUUAUCUGCUUUUCAUUCAGAAUGCUUUUUAUUCUUCAUAGGAGCUCCAUUAUUGUUGGUGUGUCUGAGUAUGUAGACAAAUGUAACACAACCCCACAGCAAUAAUAUUCAAAGUCAUGUGUAAACUACAAUAAAUAUGUUUAGAAAUCCAGCAGUGUAAAUAAGUUACACUGUUCUAGUUCUAAAUCACAUUUUAGUUGCCUAGAUUGCCAUUAGUAAGUCAUCUAAAAUAUAUGUCUCUCUUUGUCUAUUUUAAAUUGGGAGGUAAGAAAAAAAACCCAGACAGACAAGGGAUAUUGAACAAGGGCUAGCAGCAUUGGGAAUUCAGCAGUGGAGACAAACAAUUUGGAAACCGCAGGUGUUGGGUAAUAGGCAGCUAAUGAGUUAUAUUAGAUAUAAACCAUUAGAUAUAAACCAUAAAAAGUUUUAUUCACUAAACAGGAUUGUGGGGUGUCAAAAACUGUAUUUUACUAUUCAGGCCAACAGAGUAAUAAUAAAAUUAUUAAUACUUAAACUCAGUUAUUUGAAUGAAUAUUUCAGUUGAGUUUUAAAUUUACUAUACUUCAUUCUUUACUAAAUAAACCUCUAUAAUUUAAAUUGAUUAUUUGUAUAUACAAAAAACAAACAAUCAUCCUAUUUUUAGUGGAAUAUAUAAACAAUUAGAUCUAUAAACACUGGGUGCUGUCAUUUUCCCUUAAGGAUCAAUUAUAUUUUUGUAUCCAUUAUAACCUAGUUCCCAAAUUGCUUACACUAACAUGUAAAGCCACCUAGACUUAGCACAAGUGUAGAAUCAGAUUUAUAGAAUCAGCAUUGAUUAUUUUGUGAGUAUAUUUACUAGAUAUCUAUUUAACACUACCUAUACAGUUUGAAUUGACAUGCAAUAUUUGUUACUGUAGUUUUCAAUUGAUACUUUGGUUGACCCUGUAUUAUUUAUACAUAUAUGAUUUAUUCAUUUCACAUUUCAACAACCUUCAAUUCGGGAUGUGCAUGGGAAAAAAAUUAGGUUCGGAAAUUCGAGUAAGAAAAAUAAUUCGACAAUUCGGCACUUCGGCAAUACGGUUUGGUUCGGCACUUUCGAAAUUCGAGACUUCGGCAAUUCGGAACUUCGGACAUUCAGAAGCAUCCGAAUGUCCGAAUUGCCCGAAAUUCAUCCGAAUUCACAUUCGGAACUAAACAAAUUGCAUAUGUCUACCUUCAACCCUUGAAUAAAUUUUAAGUUUCCAAAUGUGUUUGAUAAUUUGAUUCCUAUUGUCAUACUACAUAGAUCCUGACAGCAAAGCACAGGCACAUCAGAAGCACAAGCACAUCAGAACAACAACAAAGUACAAAUUCAGAUAAUCCUACAAUGCCUUCACCUCUUUGAGAAUCAAUUCAUUUUUGAUUAAGAAAACUUUUUAUAAAUUUUUUGAAUCUGAAAACUCAGAAGCUGUAUACCACCGGGGGGGGCCUCCUGGUACCAUAACAAUUUAAUUUAGAUGAAGUUAUUUUGGUGCCUGAAGUGUCUCUUUAAUAAAUAAGAAUAAACGACCCUGAAAUCCAGUGCUGGGCGAAGCUAUUCUGGAUUCCAUGCUCUGUCUGACGUCACCUAUGCCUGCUCUUAGUCUAAUCAAAUGCUUCUCGUAGAGCUCUGAGCCAAGGAGAAGAGUAAAUGGGGGUGAACAAGGGAGGGAAAGAAUUUUUAAAAAUGGAUGCACAAUAAAUAGUAUAGGGAGGCUGAGGGGGUGGGGGUGGUUAACAGAAAGCAGAGAGGGGAGAUAGAAGCUUCCCCUUGCAGGUGCACACCCAGCACUGCCUGCAGAUGUAGAAGAUCAUUACAUCUGUUGCCAGUGCGCAGUGCUUGAUAAUGACAGAUGUCAUUUUUGUACUGAAUUGACAUUAGGCAGACCGAAACUGAAUUCUAGGCUGCCUAAUUCAUUUGUGCCAUGGAUGCAACUAACCUCGGUUCAAAAAUAUAAACAUCUCUGUAUGUGCACCAUUUCAAGCAGAAACACUGCACAUACACAUUCAUACCAUCAUGACAACUUAUAACAAGAGAAAUGGUCAUGGUGGUUGGAGUAUCCUUUUAAUCCUAGAUUUAACUUCUUUUAAAAGCUAAACACCCCAUGGACCCCAAUACUCAAUUUAACCCCACGUCAACCAUAAAUCCAGACUUAUAAAUCCCUUAUACUAAACCAUAACCCCUCUCGAGUUUUUAAUCCACUUGCCAACAAACACUCUUUCUAACCUUAACCACCCCCUUUACCAUGACCACUUCUAACAUUACCUUUAACUCUGCGUGCAUUUACACAGUUGCAGACACUCACCAUACUCUCCGUUUUAAACGCAAGACAUUACAAGUAGAAAUUUACACACAUAUGAAUUGUUAUAUUUGAGUAUGGUUUUUAGACAUUCUUAUGCGUGCACUGUCCAGUUAAUACAUUAUUGAAACUUUCUUUAACUGACUAUGUUUUGGGAGGAGGGGAGAGCAUGGGGUGCCUUAGAAUUCUGUUUCUACAGACACCUAACAUGUAAAUCCAGCCCUGGUUAUGGUAGAGCAGGGGUGCCAAAAAGGUAGAUACCCAGAUGUUUUAAAACUACAGCUUCCUUGAUGCUUUGCCAUUCUUAAGGCAUUCCAUAUGAGUUUUAGUUAUGAAACAUAUGCCGUUUUAGUUCUGAAACAUCUGCCUUUUGGGCACCCUUGUGUUAGAGUAUAUGAUUGUAACAAAAGUGUCUCUUAUUGUAAGUUACAAACCAAUCAGCAUGUGUAUUACUAAAAAUACCUUGUUUUCUAGGAUGCAACAGACUAUGUUGCUUAUGUAGCAAAAGAUCCUGUUAAUCGACGAGGUAAGAUUAUUUUCAAAUAUUCUCAUAAUACACUAGUUUCAUUUCAGUGUUUAUAUCUGUAUGCCUGGUUUAUUUCUUUGAUAUAGCUUGUCACAUAUUGGAAUGCUGUGAUGGGCUGGCUCAAGAUGUAAUCAGUACCAUUGGGCAAGCAUUUGAACUUCGCUUCAAACAAUAUCUACAAUGUCCUUCUAAAAUCCCAGCAUUUCCAGACAGGUAAGGAUGCUUUAAUAUAUAUUUAUUUUUUUAACAAUUUUUUUCAAGACUUUAGUUUGAUGACAGUCCAAUAUAUGAGUACCCAGACCACUUCAUCUCAUUGAAUUGAUUGCUGGGUGCAGUGUUCCUGUCUGUCUUCCUGUUAGCGAAACUGCAAUUGCAGUGCUAAGACUGCCUCUAGUGGCACUUCUAAAGGGACGUCUUGUAGUUGCACAUAGUUUCACUCCGCGAAAGGACGCUGGACGUCCUCAUGCUUUGAAUGAGGACAUCCAGUGUACUCUAAAUCCCUAUAGGAAAGCACUGAUUAAAUGUUUUCCUAAGGGUAAAGCCUAAUGCGCAUGCGGCACUUGUCAUGCGCAUUAGGUCCUCUCUAUCGGCUGAUGUCAGCGGAGGAGGAGUGCCACCCACAAAUGAGGGACCUCGGGGCUGGAAUCAGGUAAUUGACCCGAAGGGUUUUUUAACCUCAUCUUUGUAUUCCUAACACUAAAUUGCUCCUUUAAUUGUACAAAUACAGCAAUAAACAAGUAAUUUAUUUUCAACAUAUUUUCAUUAAAUGACCACUAACGGCUGUCAAUGAGACGGCAACUAGAGGCUGGAUUAACCCUAAAGUAAACAUAGCAGUUUCUCUGAAACUGCUAUGUUUACAGAAAAAAGUGUUAAUCCUAGAGGGACCUGGCACCCAGAACACUUCAUUAAGCUGAAGUGGUCUGGGUGCCUAGAGUAGUCCUUUAAGUGAAACUCCAUAUCCCUAAAGCACUGCAGCUUGUUGAAGUGCUUUAUGUGUAACAAUUGUGUCCUCUUUUUUCAUUUUACAAAAAGAUUUCCAUAGAAAUAAUAAAGAAAAAUGGUAGGUAGCGGGUAUUCCUCGAAUCUGGGAAAGCCUACAAUUCAGCAUAAGGAAGGCAAACCACAAAUGAUCAGUCAGCACUAGAACUGGCUAUCUAACCACAGACCCCUAAAGCUUUUGACAGGAUACACUGGACCCAUCCAGUUCAUCCAUCAGAUUUGUAUCUUGGAUCUUACGAUAGACCAUAGACCAAGGUGGAGGAUUUUCUAAAAGUAUUUUUAGGUACAUCACAUGAAUACUAGAAUGCAUUAACCAACAUAUUCCCUAGCAACAUAAAUAGGAUAGAACACUAGGUGCAAAUUCACUCAGGUACUCCCUCAAGUACCCUAACAACUAUGAAUUACAAGAUUAGAGAAUGCACACUAUAAUCACUACUUCAAAAUAUAAAAAUCCUUUAUUAAAAAAAAAUGCUUACUUACAUAAGCAAAUAAAUAAAGCAACAAAAAAAUAGGCAAAAUAGUAAACAAUAGUAAUUACCUAAUCUCCACAAACCUACUAUGACAUGAGGGGGUAUUGGUGGCUCGUGUUUCUGUCAUAGUAGGCUGGCACUGAGUGUAUAUGUGUCUGUCAGUGAGUGUGUUUGUGUGUUUGUCAGUGUGUGUCUGUCAGUGAGUAUAUGCAUGUCUCAGUGUGUGUGUCUGACUCUGAUUUGGUGUGUGUCUGACACAGAGUGACCAUGUGUCUGUCAGUGAGUGUGCAUCUGUGUAUGUGUGUCUGUUGGUGAAUGUGUGUGUCCAUCCAUCAGUGAAUGUGAGUGAGUGUGUGUGUCUGUCAGUGAGCAGUGAGUGUGUGUAACUUUGAGUGAGUGUAACUGUGAAUGUGUGUCAGUGAGUGUGUGUUUCAGUGAAUGUGUGUGUUUUAAACAGUGGGUGUGCCAAUGACUGUAAGCAUCAGUUAGGGCAUGUGUCUGUCAGGCAAAGAUUGUGUUGGUUUUAAAAAGGAAGAGAAAUUUAGAGAGGGGUGGGGAGGGGUGGUGCCCCAGUUUUGUAAUGUGUAGGGCAGCACAAAAAUAAAAUACACCACUGGAUACAGUGCAAGAAAACAUCACCCCAACACAGGUAAAAUUGAGACAGGGCUUAUUCAGAGAGAUAUGUGGCAGCCCCAUUCCUGUUUAAUAGCAAAUGUAGUGAGAGGGACAUUCAGACGAGAUGUAAGCAUUCAAAGUGUCAGGAAACUAGGAAGAGCAGUAAAAUAGGCAGAAACAUUUAUUUGUCAGUACAUGAACAGCUCACGUAAAUGACUUAGCAGUGUUCUAAGUAUGAAAGGUGUUUUCAGGCCUGGUCCAUCUCUCCAAAAUUCUCACUUGUGUUUCCUGAGUGCUUGGCAUCCACUCUGCUACGUAAGCCUCCAUUGAUGUGCCUAUUUCUGCAUGCUGUCAGAGGAGGCCUUUGACAUACCUAGUAUAGUAUUCAAGAUGAUGGUCAUUCAAUGCCUGUAGCUUGAGGAAACAGUAAAACUAUAUCAAAGAUUGUCAGGCUUCUGCUUGACUUGUCGUGUAAUAUACCUGACACCAGGGGGAGGGCUGGCAGCCUUAGGCCUGGGGGGCAAAACCAGUCAAGUGGCCCAUUGCACCACCAAAUCAGUUCACCAUCCAUGCCCACCUUUUCCUGGUUUUAUAAUGGAUAUUGAUGUUAUGAUAAUCAGUAGCUCUUUGCCAUACCUGCUCCUUCGCGGCUCUGACUUUCAAUGUUGUUAGAGUGCAGGCUGAGAAUCUCUGAGCCUGUGCUCUGACUCACUAACUGAGUGCCGGAACCACGAGGGAGAGGAUAUAAUCUGACUGCACCUACUGCUGGUGCACACCAGUGGACCACCAGCGAAUCGUUUAAAUUGAAUAUGCUGGUGUCCCCAACUUGUGAGCUGUGUUGGCCGCCGGGAGCCUCUGUUGUCAUGGCACCCUGCGUGACCACACAGCGUGCACACCCCAACGGCUGGCCCUGCUGACACACACUGAUGUUACUACUUAGAAAUCCCUCAAUAUUAAUACAGACAUCAGAGUAAACACCAAUAAACUGUGAAAACAGAGCUGACCCCCCCCAAAAUUUAUAAAGAUUUGCUUAGUGGAUUUGUUGUAAGAUUAAAUCAUGCCUCCUCCUCUCUCUCUCUCCCAUGCGCUGCUCUGUAGGCUGGGAGGAAGUGAAGAGUAAUCACAUUCUCCCAGCACAGCACCACAUGUGGCUGCAUGGGGAACAGCUGGUUAAUGUAAUGCUUGCAGGACGGCCAGCUGCCGCAGAACCUCUUUGUUCCCGUCUCUGCAAAGGGCUCCAGGCACUGCUUGCUGUGAGUGUGAGCCACUUUAAAUUAGGGUCAGAGGGCACUUGCAUUGCGGUAAAGACGGGUCUGGGCAGGAGGAAAGUGCAGUGCAAUCAAUUAUGGUUAUUAUUACCAAUACCUUACUAAUCUUUUUCGCUAUUUUAUUUAUAUAUUUGGUAGGCCUAUACAUUGUACGAUUGGGAAAUUAGCCUUGAUUUAAAUUAAUGCUACAUUUUUUUGCUAGUUUCAUUUUUUAAAAAUAAAAUGGUAAAAAUAAUGUCUAUUAAAUUUAGCAUAUCUUUUUCUGACUUCAUAUGUUAUAGACAUAGAUUGCAUAGAUAGAUUGCUCAAGAUAAGUGACAUUUUACACAUUCUAUAAAGUGUAAUAUGUCAUAAUUAUUAAUUGGGUGUAAUAUUUCUUUACAUAAACCUUAUUUUCUAUUUACAUAAAACAAGUUAUAUUCCCAGAACAUUAAGGGCUUGAACCCUGUGCAUAUAAUGUACUUGUCUCAUUGAUGAUAUUCUUUAGAUUCACUUUGCAUAGAUAAUAUAUAUAAAACUUUAUUACCUUUUUUUUAGAAUGCAAAGUUUAGAUGAACCAUUGUGGCCAGAAGAUGAUGGAGCUACAACAGAACCUCAGUAUUACAACAGUAUCCCAAACAAAAUGCCUCCUCCAGGAGGAAUCAUUGAUGAAAGAUUAAAAACACAGCUUCCAAGCCAAGAAGACGACUCCAAGGUAUAUAGUUAUACAAAACCUAUAUGGAUAAUUGCAAUCUUUGUCUUUGCAAAUAUAAACUGCAGGGUCUUCUUCUGUAGUGCUUUAUAUGUUUAUUAGGCUAGUGUUAGUUUUGUUUAGAAACCACUUUAGGAGACCUGAUACUGGAGUAUAAUCAGGAAACAUCAGUAAAUUGUUGUAAAUUGAAAAUCGAAUCGCAAAAUUUAGACCAAUAUAGCUGAUUAGAAAUAAUUUUAUCAUGAAUUAAGCAAAAUGGUUUACAAAUGACCACGUUUCACUGUAUUUAUAAGAGCAUUUUGUUUUCUCAAUACUGUAUGUACAAUUGAAAUCAAAAUUAUUCAACCCCAUGUAAAUCAGAUUGUCAAAAUGUACAGACUUUUAGCUGUUUUCAUUUAAGAAACAAAAGCAAUUGAUAUAGCUCAAUACAACAAAUGCUUCAAAAUGUUUUCCAAAAUUCAACUGAAAAUGCAACUUAUAAUGACUUCUCCAGUCUCAAAAUGUUUCAAUUCCCUUACGAGAGCACACAUAUACAAAACAGGUGUUCUCUGAAGCACAUCUGAUGCAACUAAUCAAGAGCUUAAUUAAUUGCCCCAGGUGUGCUUGAGCUGGAACACUUGAAAUACCUAAACUGACUGGGGUUUUUUUGAGUGUCAUAGUUGACUGAAUAUUAGAUAUAUGGCUGAAUCAAAAGAAGGGUUCACAAAAUUCCCUUCACAAACAAGGAACAGGAUACAAAAAGAUAGCGAAAGAAUUGAAUGUUUCUAGAGACACCGUUAGACGCAUAGCUUGCAAGCUCAAAGUUUAAGAAACAGUGGUUACAUUACCUGAACGGGGCAGAAAAAGGAAGCUAUCAAUUGCUGCAACCAGAUUUCUGAGAAAGCAUGUUGUGAAAAAAACAUUAACUGUAAAAGACCAAGUCUUGCUGCAAAAGACAUGCAGCAAGCCUUGGUGGCAACAGGCACUGAGGUUUCAGUGAUCACAGUUAGGCAUAUACUAAAUGCAGACUAUUUCCAUGCCAGAAAUCCAAGACGUACACCACUACUGACCCAAAAGCACAAGAAAAGGCUGCCAUAUGCUCAAAAUCAUAUAAAUAAGUCACAUACGUUAUAGGAUUCUGUUUUGUGGCAUGAUGAAACAAAACUGGAACUCUUUGGCCAUAUAGAUCAGCGAUAUGUCUGGAGAAUGAAGCAUAUGCUGAAAAGAACACACUGCCUACAAUUAGGCAUCCUCUGACACUGGAAACCUGUAGUGUGUGGAAGGCAAGAUGGAUUAAUUUAAGUAUAUGAAAUCCUAGGAGAAAAUGUAAUGCUGUCUGUGAGGAUGCUGAAGCUUGAACGUCAUUGGACCGUCCAAAAAGACCUUCAACAAUUAUCUCAAGUAUACCUCAUAUUCCACCACGGUUUGGUUGCAAAAAAGUCCUGAAGAAUUCUACAGUGGCCAUCAGAGUCACCUUACUUGAACACCAUAGAAAAUCUUUGGUGAGAUUUGAAGAAGGCGGUUACAUCACGCAAACCCAAGAAUACUACUAAACUGAAGGCCAUUGCUCAUGAGCAAUGGGCUAAGAUUCUUCAGGAACACAUCCAGAAGCUGUUGUCUGGCUAUGCAUCUCGUUUGCAGCAGGUCAUAACAGCAAAAGGGUGCUCUACUAUUUCAUUUCUUGCCAUGAACAGGUUGAAUAAUUUUGAGACUAGAGAAGUCAUUAUAAGUUGCAUUUUCUGUUGAAAUUAGUGAAACCACGUGAAGUAUUCGUUGUGUUGAGCUUUUUCAAUUGCUGUUGUUUGACUUGUUCAUUGCAAACAGCUGAAAGUCUGUAUGUUUUGACAAUAAGCCUGAUUUUCAAGGGGGUUUAAUAAUUUGAAUACGGCUAAAUAGUCUAAUCUAGCAUGUAGACAUAAACACUGCACUUUGAAAUGUUAUGGCAGAUACCAUCUAAAUAUCUAAUUUUCCACCCAAUACUGUAUAUUUGAAUCUUUAUCUAUACCGGUAAUUUUGUUUCUUCUACCUAAGCUACAGACAAAAGGCAAUGUUGACAUGCAGGUCUUACAAAUUGUGCCUCUUGCUACCAACUAUUUAUAUGACAAAUAAAAAUUAUAGUAAUUAUUUUAUUUCCAAAUUAGUUCAUAAACUCUUCUGGAGUAGAGCAGACCUACUAUCAAGGUCGUCAUAUGGUUGAAAAGUCAAAUGAAAACUUCCAGCAAGCUAUUAAAAGACAAGGUAAAGUCAUUUAUUUUAAAUAAACACAUAUUUUUGCUUUUGUGAAUUAUUUUUUAGUUUUGCUCAAGUUCUAAAUAAAUACUAAUUUACUUAUUAAAUGUUGAAUGAAGCGAGAAUCUGUCCCAGCUGAUUAAAUGUUGAAUGAAGCGAGAAUCUGUCCCAGCUGAUUAAAUGUUGAAUGGAAGGGAGAAUCUGUCCCAGCUGCAGAUAUGGGGACUUUUUGGACUUGCUGUUGGUAAACUUAUUUAGGUGUGAGACAAUGUUUUCAAAUGAUUAAUGGAAUGUUGAAAAACAGAGGUAAGUUGUUGCAUUGUAAAUAUAUUAUGACAUUUCUCUUUCCUUUUUUAUUCCAAAUACCACAACUAUCAAAUAUCAUUUUUGUGUAAAUUUACUCCUGUGUGAGCUCUUUUAUAACUAGCAACAACUGAUAAACAUUUUCACUGUGGCUAAGUAAGAGAUAUGCAUGAAGACACCUACUGGUAUUAUCAUUAGUAUAUCAUGUCUAGUGAAUGAAAAACUAAAAAUGUAUUAUGAUUUAGACACUCAAGGUAAGUAAAAUAGCAGUUUUAUUGGAAAAGCAGAACACAAGCAGCAUCGUUUCGACCUGCAAUGAGGUCUUUGUCAUGCUCAAGGUCUUUGUCCUAUGGAACAUUAGUGGGUGAAAAAUGUCAUUAGAGAACAGACAUAUCUGACUUUUUUCUGGUGGAAACAAAAUAUCAUGCAGGCAGAACUGAUAAUGUUGGAUUUUUUUUUAUCAGUGAUCAUAACAGGAGCAGCCAAAAAUUAUUUUAUUUUGUGUUUAUUUUCCCAGAAAAAUCUGUUGAUAUUUUUGAUUUUUUUUGUAUAGCCUCUUUAGACAUUUAUAGUCUGCCAGAGGGAAAGUCAACAGGAAAUCAAACAAGCAAUGCACCAACAUAUGUCAAUACUCAGCACAUAAACAGAAAACCUUUGGGAGCCUUUCAAAGAAGUGUAGAUUCAGCAUUCUGUGGAUCAAUUGACAGUUCCAGGGACAUCAACCAAAGAAAAGAUCUAUUUGACAUGAGUAAGUACUUUUGUCUGCAUAAAAUCCUGGCCACAGAACAGUGAAUUAUAAGACAUGUGUUAAAGGGGGAAUACAUGCAAAAGUAGUAAAUGUGCUACAUUAACCAGUGAGUAAUAACUGCAAUGGAUUGUCAGGUGUCAGUUUCACUCUCUCUUUGGAAGUUUAAAAAAAGCAAGGAAUUGGUUAAUGGAGCAGGUGAGAGGAUUGGGAAGUAGGAUGUAGAGGAGACAGUAGAUGAUAUGGAUAUUGCAUAAUUAACUGUAUUAGACACCUCUGUAUGAAUAUAUGUGACUUAAUAUCAAUGGAUAUGUCACUGCACUAACAAUUAGAUUUAAUGUAAAGCUGGCCAAGAGCAAUUCGAUUCAGGAGAGGAUACAAAAUAUGCUUCCUUUGAUGAUACAAUUAGUUUCACCUAUUCAGGACAGUAUUUUGAUCUUGAGUGAGGAAGAUGCAAUCAGGCAAGUUAAAGGACCACUAUAGUGCCAGGAAAACAUACUCGUUUUCUUGGCACUAUAGUGCUCUGAGGAUGCCCCCACCCUCAGGGUCCCCCUCCCGCCGGGCUCUGGGGAGAGGAAGGGGUUAAAAUCUUACCUUUCUCCAGCGCUGGGCGGGGAGCUUUCCUCCUCCUCUCCUUCUUCCUAGCGACGUCAUCGGCAUGAGCCGCGCGUGCAUUCAGCCAGUCUCAUAGGAAAGCAUUCAUAAUGCUUUCCUAUGGACGCUGGUGUCUUCUCACUGUGAUUUUCACAGUGAGAAGCACGCAAGUGCCUCUAGCGGCUGUCAAUGAGACAGCCACUAGAGGCUGGAUUAACCCUCAGUGUAAACAUAGCAGUUUCUCUGGGUUAAUCCUAUCUGGACCUGGCACCCAGACCACUUCAUUAAGCUGAAGUGGUCUGGGUGCCUAUAGUGGUCCUUUAAUGGUUGAAGUGAAAAUGAAAUAAAGUGGGUAAGACAAGAAAUUAAUCAAAAGGGUGCAAAGGGAAGGUUAAUGGAAUGAGGAGAAGAGGAAAACUAGAGAAAGUAAUGAAGGAAGAUAAGCAAAAAUAAAUUAACACAUUUAUGAAAGAGAAGGAAAAAUUAAGAAACAAGUUUGUAAAAUCGUAGUAGUGAUAACUGUAGAUCCCUCUUCAGAUGUAUUUAUUUAUUUAUUUAUUUAUUUAUUUAUUUUCAGUUUUCCUUUUAUUUUUUUUUAAUUUUUUUUUAAAUUCUUUAUUUUUAUUGUGCAAGUGAUAUCAAACGAGCCCGUGUUGCCACAUCAGCAGUCACAAGCUUAAUAGAAUCUUACAUUGUCAAACAUGGCAAAUAGAUAGAUAGUCUGCACAGUUUUAUAUUAUUAAUAAACAGGUGUUAAACUGAGAAGGCAUCAAUAAUAAUGAGAGCAACAUAAAAUGAGAUAACAUAAGAUUAAGUCUAAAGAUGAAAGCAUUGCUAUUCAGGCUUACAGUGCUAACAUUGCUUAGGUGAGCAGUUAUCCUGGCUUGGUGUCACAUUAAGUUGGCAUUAACUAAUGUAUCUGCGUUGAUAUCGCUUUUCAGGCGCUUUCACCUGUUUUGUAUAUCAGGACAGGUGAGGUACACGCUUCUAUAGAACAAAGUGCCAUAAAGCAACAUUUGGUCUGCGCUCUAAGUUAUGGUCAUUCAGUGUUAUGGUGUCAGGAUCUCCACCUCGGCGUACACGUGCAUAUUAAACAGGCUAAACAAUAGCGUUGACAUUAGCGUAUUUUUGUUGGUAAUUAGUGGCUAAGUUUGUUGGAUGAUCUUGCUACGUUAACAGAUACAGGCAUGUAAACUGAGUGUUGUAGGAUUGAAAUGUGUAGUGCUAUACGCUAGCUUAGCCUUCAUGCUGAAGACAUGUUAGUUCUUGUAUUCAGUUAUACAGUCUGCCCGUUCUAUGGUCAUUACAGAUAAUGCUGGUUUACAGUGCUAUAGAUGUAGACAUGCUGUUGUCAUAAGACAUCCAGUAUAUAAAAACAAGUGAUUAUAGGAACACAUUCUUUGUGAGAAAAGGACAUAGAUUGAUCAUGAGCACUGUGUGCUAUCAGAUUAUAUUAAGGAAAGCAUAACUGGUGAGAGUGUAAAGGUAUAAUAACAGGAAGGAUCAAUUCAGUACUUGCUCAGAGUGGUUGUUUAACUGUCUGGAACACAUAUUUGAGUAUGCAUGUUGUGAACAAGUAGUGAUACAGGAGCCGACCCAGAUACUGUAGUAUUACAGUGUGGGGAAGUCUGCUUUGCUGUCUGGGGUCAUCCAAUGCCUGCAAUGGCAAUCCGUUGGUGCUGUGUGCCAUAUUCCAUCGAGGCAGGGGCUGGGGCAGUGUCCUGAGAGGUAAGUGUCGGCAUCUCACCGAGAAAUCCUUUGGGCUGUUGCAUUUGUUCGGCGCAUGGAAUAGAUAGGCAGAGGGUCGUGGCUGAUCUGUGCACCCUGGCUUGGUAGCUGUUCCCCUUUUUCAAUGGCUCAGCUGUAGUAGCGCUAUGCUGUGUCAUUCGGUCCUUCCCUCGCCUUGGGUAUUUAGAGGAAAGUGGAAGUAUCCGUUUACGGCGGAUGAUCCUCCGUUUGCGCGGCAUGUGCAGGGAGGCAGUGCCUCGGGGUGCUGUCCUCUUAGGUGGCGUUAUGGCCAUUGCUUUGGCUAUGUUUUUCUGCUUUGGGCGGUUAAUGCCCCUCUGUCUCUCCCUCCGCUUUGUCGUGUUGCUGGUUAAUCGCUCUUGUGGUGUCGUUGCCAAAAUCAGGUGCCUCGGCCGCGUGUGAGAGAGUGUGUGUUGUCGCUUUACCAGUGUAGCUGGUUUCAGAGCGGGUGGUGGGUUCCUCUUUCCCAAUCUCUCCCAAAAUUUCCGGCAUACCUCCUCAAAUUUAGCCUGAAAGGCCGCUGUCCAUUCAUCGGCUGUCUGAGGCGGUGGAUUCGCGGCACUGCCGGCAGCCAUCUUGGCUUGGCCUCGUGGGGUCGAUUGGUCGGAAUUGCUCUUAUAAGUGUCCCAGAGGUGAGUGCUCACCGUAAGCUGGUGGACCGGGAUGACCCCCGCCGGUCCAGAGGGGGGGAAGCGAGAGCCCGCCGCCAGAUAUCCGGCAUGGUGUUGCAGCUGGGGAGCGGCCGUCUCCCCUGCGCCUGCCAUGCUUGUAGGCCUCACAGUGAGUUUAGCUCGGUUCUUCGCUUGAGAGGUAUCGUUCUCCUCACUCCGAUGCCCACUCUUGAGUGCUGGCCUUAUAAUCAUGAUUGUGUGCCGGUGUGGCAGUGAAAUUCGGCUUUAGGUUGCUAAGUUUAGCAGGAGCUGCUGAGAUAAGCGUCUUCACAGCUCUGCGGUUAGGCCCCGCCCCUCCAGAUGUAUUUAUUUUACCACAAAAAUACCAUAAUUAAGUCAAAUUUGUAGUUUGAAUGUAGCUUUCAUAUUACCUCAGAGAUUUAAAAUAAUGUUAGAAAUGUGUAGACCUAUGGGUUUAUUCAUGAAAUGGCAAACUGACAAGUGAAUAUUUUCCCAUAAUGAAAAAACAUUGCACUUCACUUAUUAAUUAAUCAGUUUACACUUAAAGGGACACCGUAGGCACUGUAUCUGCUUCAUCUCAUUAAACUGGUUAUAGUGUAUGGAGUCCCCUGGUGCCAUCAUUUCUUUCAGCAUUAAACAGUUUUUAAUGUUUUAAUGUUUUAAUGCUAAACAAGAGACCCCGGCAGUCCAUCUCCUCUGUGCUGCUUUGGCUAAUAAGGAAGUAUUACCAUGAGCAGCAAUGGGCAGCAGUGAUUUGCUGAGAGUGUCAGCUGACUGCUUUUACCCUGUCAGAGCUCCAACUGACGGUAUGGAUGGGUAUGACAACAAGGAAGUGUGUAAUCUCUGCCUUAGCUACACAUACAGAAGGGGCCGGACUGUGGGUGGCCAGGGACUCUUAUUUUGUGGCAUACUGCACAAACAUAGUGCAACACUGAAUGGAGAGACAAUGCCAGGGCACUCCAGGCACUAUAACCAAUUCAAAGAGACAAAAUGGUUAUAGUGACUACAGUAUCCCUUUAACUGUUAAGUUUUUCAUGUUGAUACAAAGGUUCUACAUCUUAACACAUCUUAACUUAAUACGUCAUUAGUGUAUCUUAAAAGUUAAUUUUUUUUUAACUUUUCUCACAACAGAUUAUAUUAAUUUCCAUUUAAACUACUAUAAUUUGCUACAUACAGUAUUUGUUAAGGUUUUACCUUAGAGUCGACCACAAGUAUACAUGUCACCCUAAUUUCAGUAAUACAUUAUUGUACAGUGUCUUACCUGCUGGUGGUGAUCACACUGGCCACAAUCAGAUUAUCUGUUUUCAAAUAGCCAGCACUUUACAGUUCUUUGUAUUUGCCCUAGAACCAUUUGAGGAUGCUCUCAAAAACCAGCCUGUGCUGAACAAAGAUGCAUCAGUUGACUGUUCCAGUCCUUUGCUGUCCAGAGCUGCUAUUUUGACAAUAAAUGAAGAACUGUCAUCAGAGUUGUGGUAUGUGGGAGAAAUGUGUAGAAAAGAAGCAGAAAAGCUGCUCAAGAAAGAUGGAGAUUUCCUUGUAAGAAAAAGUGUCAAUAAUCCUGGUUCGUAUGUUUUAACUGGCAUGCACCAUGGACAAGCCAAGCAUCUUCUUCUUGUAGAUCCAGAAGGGACAGUAAGUAAUUCUCUAUGUUUUUAUAUCUAGUAACAUAAGUGCACUCUUCUAUUUUAUUUUCCUUUGUCACUAUGGAAACCAUCUCCUCCUUCAAAAAGUCACAAUAUAGUACAAAUAUAUCAUAAAGCAUCUUUAGUUAGCUCACAAUUAUGGAUCCAUAAUAACUUCUUUCAUCUAUGGAGUAAAGGUAUCUAUGUGGUAUAUUUUUCCGUUUGGUUCUGUAGAUGGGCUAGCAUUGAACCACAACAGUGAAAUCAGCAAAUUUCCACUUUGUAUAUAAAAGGAGAAGGGCAUAUUUUAUUUGUUGUUAGAUAUUGUGCACAUUGCCCAACAAACUCUGAGUCACCUGAGUUUUGUUACAAAAUUGGAUCCCUACAUUUUAGUGUGCCUACAUAAUGCACUGGAGGUAUGUAAUAUUGUGAAGGUGUGGAUCAGGUGGAUAGCCAAAAAGGGGUCGUUGCUAUUGACACAACCUGUAUCACUGGUAGCACCCAUAAUGUAUGAAUGGGAGUUUCAGCUUUGUGUCAAUCACACCAAGCUCAAAGACAGCCUUCAGGCCAGCCCCCAGUAUAUGGGACAAUGUAGACAGUGCUGCUGAAGCGCUCUCUUCAUGGUUCUAGUGCCCACUGCACAGUGCGAACAUGUGUGAUGAUGCCAUCAUGCUGUGUUGUCAGGGGACAUUUUCCUGGUGUUUCUGGAUGCAGGACAGAAAUCUCACCUGUCCUGCCAAAAAUGGGACAGUUGAGAACCUUGAUAUUAUCCCAAACAAUAUAUAGUAGUAAUAGGCCACUCAAUGGUUUACAAACAUUAUAAAAUAAUUUAAUUAUUUGAAAUGCUUGGACACGGUACUCAAGUGCUUUCUACAAAGGAUACCCAGGACUAAAGUGGGGAAACCAUUAUUUUCAAUAGGAGGCAGCCCUUCUUUUGGCACUAUAGGUUUAAUAGGUUCCCCCCUCCCUCGUGCCCCACAGUGCUGAACGGAUUAUAACACCUUUAGCCACUUACCUGAAUCCAGCUACAGUGUCCCUUUAAAAUCAGUUUCUAGAACCCUUAGCUCUUUUCCCAAUUUCUGUAAAUAUUUAUGAAUAUUAUAGUUCACUACAUUGCCAGACGCUGUAACAUUAAAUUUACAUAUAUAUUUAACACACAAAAAAAUUAUUAUUUUUUUUUUCCCAUAGGUCAGAACAAAAGAUCGUGUUUUUGACAGUAUUGGUCAUCUUAUUAACCAUCACCUGGAGAACAAUUUGCCCAUCGUCUCCUCUGGAAGUGAAUUGUGUCUCAAGCAAUCAGUAGAGAGGACACCUUGAUGUUACAAACAAAUCUGUCUCUUCAAGAAACCUGUGUAGGAGCCUCACAUUUUGAAAUGGUGCAAUAGAAAUUCUAAUCACUUUCUCUUGGUUCCAACCAAUGUGCUUGCAAUGUAAUCUAACAGGCACUUCAUAAAACAUGAUUUUUAUAAAAUUGUUUGAUCC